GUACAAGCAGAUAACUGAAUGUCAUAUUGCUCUCAUAUUAACCAAUUGCUUUGUUUUACACAGCUGUACUACAAUGAAGAAUGCACUGAGAUCCUGUGGAGUGAAUCUGGUGCAGCAGCAUGGCUUCCACAGUUGACAGCAGACUCAGUGGUUACUAGCAUCAUCCUUGAAGCAGGUGCAAAUUUGGUCAUAGCGGGACGGGUCAUAGCUGAUCGUGUAUCUGGAAGGUUGACCAGCUCUCUGCAUCUACCAUCCGGAGGCCAACUAUCCAUAAAGGAACUCUUGGCUGUUGAUACAGUAACCAAUCCUGGUUCUACACUUCGCCUUCUAGGGAUCAGACCAGCAUCAGUCAGAGUAUCCCACCAUGUUGUUGUGAGGGGUGAGCUGUUGACUGAAGCCACAACCCAGUUGAUUGUAGGUGCUGAUGCUCUAGACCCAGAUAGUAGUCAAUCCACUUUAGAGUUGUACCCACAAUCUGGCAUUGAAUCCAAUUCUGCAUUGCAUAUUGUUGGCCUGGACAUCAAAGGGGGUGCUUCUUUCUUCCUUGGUGCCUCUGAUGAAACGGAUGUUUGCGGAUAUUCGUUGGACAUCAACGACCUUAAUUAUGGUUAUCUUCACAUGGAAUCCAAUUCUAGACUGGUGCUUGCAUGCCCUUCUAGAAUCAUUGCUAAUCAGGUGACAUUAGCUGAUGUGUCGUUUGACAGCAAGGCUGCAGAAUCUGGCUCUUACCAAGUACCUUCUUACAUUGAGACCCCUGCACUCAAUGUCAUAGGAAUUACCAAUGCUGGGCUUUUGAGUUUAUAUCCUAGUUUGGCCUAUGACAUCACUAUAGGGAUAAAUGGUAUAUUUUGGUUUCAACCAGUGUCUCCUGAUUUCACAUUCCGUGAGAUUUCGGUAGAAGGAAACUUAACUGCCUCUCGACCCCUGCAUUUUGAUUGCACUGUUCUCUCUAUCGGAAGUGCUGGAAUUGUGCAUUGGCAUGGUACAGUGGACUCGAUACUUGAGUGCCACAAUGUUCAUGUCGAUGGAUCUCUCUAUCCUGGUGAUCGAGUUGACUUUGGACGUGGGAUCAACACCUUUGAAGUGUCCUCAACAGGUACUGUGACUUUCACCCCAACCUUGACACCACUGAAAACAGAAAUAGUAUCAAUUUACGGAGAGGUAAACAUUCUUGCACCUCUCUCUAUAACUCCUUAUGAUGACAACUUGGAAUAUGUCCAACAGCUUCUUGUCGGUCCUAACGGAAUCAUCCAUGCUGACAGGUUGAACAUUGGUGCUGAAGGAAUCAGGAUGCUAACAGUAAGAGGCACGUUAACGUUCACUUCUGACGGAGAUUACCCACUUCAUGAGACCAAUAUCUAUGGAAGACUUGAUUGCAGGAAUAGAUUAUCUAUCCAUGGGAUAAGGAAUGAUUCCUAUCUCCAAACCUUUGAUGAAAGUCAAGUAACUGUGAACAGUGCAGCAGAAGGGGACCUAUCCAAUGCUCUGUAUGUUGAAUUGAAUACUAUUUCUAUUGAUGGAAGUUUACGGGUGAUAGGACGAGCUGAUGCGGAAGUAUACACUUCUUUUACUGUGGAUAAUAAUGGAUACUUUUUCAUCGAUGAUCAAAGGAACUCUACAUUGGAGCCAUCAAUCAUAGAUACUGGUUUACUUACCGUUAAUGGUGAGCUGUUUGGAUCAACUCUGGAUGUAACAGUAGAAGAGGAUUUCAUAGUAGGUCCAUUGGGUGUUCUUUCUGUCAGUGAUGGUGGCUAUCUCUCUGACAAUGGACCUGGUGCUGGGACUGCAAGUUCCUCGGGAGCAUCUGGGGCAAGCCAUGGUGGACGUGGUGGACACGGACAAGGCGAUAGUAUCUUAGCCGAGGUUCCCUAUGGCAGUAUCUACACCCCCGGGAUCAGGGGCAGUGGAGGAGGAAGCGGUACUACCACACAAUCUGGAGGACGGGGCGGUGGUUAUCUACAUGCUGUGGUCCAGGGUACCGUUACUGUCAAUGGACAGGUCUUGGCUAAUGGUCAAAAUGCAGAGGGAUCCCAUGCAGGUGGAGGGAGUGGUGGCUCUGUCUGGGUGUCAUGUGAUCACUUUCAAGGAACUGGGCGUGUCUAUGCGGAUGGUGGGAGUGGCCAAGGGAACGGAGGGGGAGGAUCAGGAGGGCGUGUUCUCAUCCAAUGCUCAUCUCUUACAUUUGAAGAUGAGAAUAUUGGUGCAGCAGGUGGACUAGGCAGGAAUGUAGGAGGACCAGGACUGAUUUACAUAGAAGCUUUAGAGACAAAGUUACUACGAGUGGAUAACAAAUGUAGGAUGCCCCAGGUUACUUUCCCUUCAUCCUCAAUGGACAGAGCAUUAGAGGAAAGCUACUACCAGUUUACACUCUCAGGUGGUAUCGCAUUCCUAGAUGAUAGUAGGAUGCAGCAUGAUUUCACAGCAAUCCGCAUCAACGGAAGCGCUCAUCUCGCUUUCAUGGGAAAUGACACGGUCGUCAAUGCAGGCAACAUCUAUGGAGAUGAUACUGGUCAUAUCCAUGUUGGUCCAACGCAGACAUUGAACAUCACAGAUACUUGGGCAUACAAGUACCAAAAAGUAAACUGGGCCCCUGUUAUAUACGAGAAGGCUACACUUGCACUCCCAGAGGCUACUGUGGAAGUACGACAGCCUUUUGACUGGAACACGCUCUCUGUGAACAGGCCGUAUGCAUGCCCAGUCAGCAAUCUCCGAGAGUCUGGGGUAACAAUCUGGGGAACUCUGGAAGGAAGAAAAGCACACCUCCUUGUCGGAACAGGUUGUCAACUUCGUAUGGCUGUUCCAAGCCACCGUGAGCUAGAAUUUGCUGCCCUCACAGUUCAAGAUGGAGGUGUUUUCAAAGUCGACAGUCUCUACAAUAUGACCCAGGAUGCAUGGAAUAUCAAGGUAUGGCCUUUUGAGGGUGAGUGCCAUGCAUGCAAGACCGGAACUGUUACCAUCGAAGGUGGAGGUAUAUUGACUGCAAGGGCAUUGACCUUGGACACCUACUCACUGGUUGUGGAUUCCCAGGGCAUCGUGACUGCAAAUGGACAAGGCUUGAUAGAUGGUCCUGGUUACCAUGGUGAUGAUACAAGUGGGGCGGGACAUGGAGGAAUAGGAGGCAGAGGGUCGGGUCAAGAAGCUCAUGUUGGAGUCACAUAUGGAUCAGUGAGAGAACCUGCAGACUUUGGAAGUGGAACGGGUGGUAGUAAUGGAGCAGGAGGUGGAGUGCUUCGUUUCAUAGUUGAGACAGUAUUAGAGGUGGAAGGAACUUUACGUGCUGAUGGCAAUGAAGCUGCAGGAGGACCUGGAUGUAGUGGUGGAUCUAUUUGGAUUACAACUCAAGAACUGAAAGGCUCAGGCAUCAUUAUGGUUAAUGGUGGGCAAGGUUGGAGUUCUUCCUUAGGAGGCGGUGGUGGAGGACGUUUAGCUGUCUACUACAAGGCCCUUGAUUGGUGGUUUGGGGAGUUCCAGGCAUACGGUGGAUCAGCAAGUAAUCAAAGAAGUGGCGGUGCUGGAACUGUGUAUCUAGAGGAUCAAUCCAUUGGCAGACAAAACCAGACUCUGUACAUUAACAACAAUGGCCAGCUCCCUCCUUCCGAGAUCAUCGCGUCUUAUGACUUAGUCUCGUUAGAUUCCUCUCGCACAUGGCUCUCCGACCAUGACUCCAAUAUGACCUUUGACAUCGAUACUCUCACCCUGAUUGGCAGUUCUCACAUGGCUCUUGAUCCAAGCAUCCAUCAAUUUCAAGCAAAAAGAUUAGUCAGUGACCAGCGAUCACUCCUGCAUGUUGGGCCAGGCCAAGUCUUUAUCAUAUCAGUUCCAGAAUGGGAAGAGCUUGAGGCUAACAUCCAUGUUUACGAAGGGGGUAUCCUGCUGCUGCCACCGGAAGUCACAUGUUACAAUAUUGACAUCAUUGUGAGGGGAACCAUUAGUGCCCAUGCAAUGACAGUGGGUAAGGGUUGUCGUCUGCUCCUCUCGACAACAGGAACAUCCAGUCUCCUCGAUGAUGACCUGGAAACCUCUCUAGCCGUUGCCCAUGGCAGCCUGGCAGGCCAUUACCGCUUUGACUCCCUGACCAUUGCAGAUGGUGGUGAAGUCACCAUGACCGAGGAUGUCCCUUUGGUCAAUCGCAGUUUUGAGCUUACUGUGGACAAACUUCAUAUUCAGGGUGGCGGUCGAGUGCAUGAGGUUGCCAUGGUGAUAAAUGCUAAUCAACUUAUAAUAGAUGACCUAGGUCAUCUGACUGGUGAUGUCCAUGGUUUGGACUGUGAUCCAAGUGAAGGUGAUGGUCUUCCAGCCGUUGUAGUCAACAGAGGUGCAUCAGGUGCUGGACAUGGAGGUAGAGGUGGGCGUGGCUCAAACCAACCAAUCACAGGUGCAGCCUUUGGUCAUGUGUACGAGCCUUCCAACUUGGGUUGUAGAGGAGGGGGCGCGGGUGGCGGCGACGGAGGAGGACAUUUGGUGCUUCGUGUGAAUGACACCUUAAAGAUAGAUGGAACCAUAAGUGUGAAUGGAGCUGAUGGAUGGAGAAAUGCUGGGGGAGGCGGGAGUGGAGGGUCUAUUGAGGUACACACAAGACUAAUGCAGGGCUAUGGCACUGUCUCAGCUAAUGGAGGAAAUGGUCACACAUAUUCAACUAGCUACCAAGGUGGAGGUGGUGCUGCUGGACGAAUUGCUAUUUAUUUCUCCUUGAACAGGACGUUCUCUGGCUCUUUCGAGGCACAUGGCGGUUUAUCAGGUGGUCCUCGUGCAGGCCAUGGUGGGCCUGGAACCAUGUUCUUCUACCAUACAGAAUUUAAUCACCGCACUUUGAUUGUGGAUAACCAUGGGAAUGACCCAUACAACGAUGUCAUCAGUAGCUAUGCAGAUGUAACACAGGACUCUGGACGAGCUUGGAUCCUACCUUCAUCUGGGAAUCAUGAGUUUUCAGGCAAUGAUAAUUAUCACUUUGAGGAGUUCCAGCUCCAUGGCAAUGCUCAUCUGGCUGUGUUGGCAGAACCGUGGAAUGAAACGGCUAGCUUCUACUUCGAGAACAUGAUUGGAGAUCGCUCAGGGACCCUUCAUGUUGGGCCCCAGCAGACCAUGGACCUCUAUCGCUCUCAGAUAGACCUUCCAUUCAACGUUCAUGUCUAUCAAGAUGGUGUCCUUGGCCUUGCUAAUCACACCAUUGUACAUGGUGUCACAAUCACCAUGGAAGGAACUCUUGUGUUUGUGGAAAACCUAACCCUGCAUCAUGGUGGUCGCUUCAACUUGAGGAGAGGAGGUCGUACAGCAGUAGCAGCGGAGAUUGGUCAUUACGAAUUUGAUACUGUUCAUGUUCAGGAUGAUGGAUAUAUCCAGAUGACCUCUGACCCUGUGAAUGACCCAGGAAUGACCUUUCGGGUCAGAGCUCUCCAAGUGGAUGGUGGUGGUGUGGUUGAAGGCACGCAUCUCUAUGUGCAUGCUGAGAACAUCACCAUUGAUGCAGGAGGGUUACUGACUACAAAUGGUCAGGGAUACUCGGUGGAGAAUGGCAUGCCAUUGUAUCCUAAUGGAACAUUCCGGAGGGGACUGCAUGGAAUUAUCAAUUAUGGUCAAGGAUAUCUGCAAGGAAGUUAUUCUUCUGGUGCUGGUCACGGGGGUAGUGGAGGCCAUGGUCAUGGUGGGAGACAGACUGGGAAGCCAUACAGUGAUUUAUAUGAGCCUGGAGAGUUGGGAAGUGCAGGAGGUGGUAGCUUAGGUGGUCCAGGAGGAGGGCACAUUUGGUUCAAUGUGACAGAUACCAUUCAUAUUGAUGGCAUUGUGUCUUCUAAUGGCGCCUCUGGUGGUACCAGAAGUGGUGGAGGAAGUGGCGGUAGUAUCUGGAUGCACUCUAACCUGAUCAAAGGAUAUGGCUCAAUCGAAACCAAUGGUGGCCAGGGAGGGAGCUACUCUGGUGGCGGAGCAGGCGGACGCAUAGCGCUGUACUUUUGGCAGAAUCGUACAUCAACAGGAUUCAAGUAUGAUUCCCAUGGUGGUGUAGGAGGUUCGGGAACCACUGAAGGUGGCGGACCCGGCACCGUCUUUCUGUACCACAUGGAACAUGACCAUAGAUCGCUCUAUGUGGACAAUGCAGGAAUCGAACCCCAAGAAAAGCUGGUCGACUGGGAGAGUUUAGAUGAAGAUGGGUGCAGAGCAUGGCUCCUGCCUCUGUCUGGUUUGCAUCCUUUCGCUGGUUCAAACAAUGAAUUUCAUUUCGAAGAACUCCAGAUCUAUGGCAAUGCUCAUGUAGCCAUUUUAACACCUAAUGAAACCAGGGAUGCAGUGGGAAUGUUCAUGGACUCCAGUGUGGGUACUAAUCCAUUUGAAGCAUCUGGUGGUUUGACUUUGUCAGUUUCAUCAGCUCCUGUGAUGCACUUCCUGUACAUGAUAGGAGAUCGUACAGGAUCUUUCCACAUAGACAAUAUGCAGGAAAUGGAUUUUGACAGAGAAGACAUCGAUCUUCCUUUCAAUGUGUAUGUCUAUCAGGGAGGGCAUUUAGGGCUUGCUAAUAGGACUGUAGUUCAUGGUGUGGAGAUAUACAAUGCUGGCACCAUGUCCCAUAUCCAGAAUCUUACCCUUCACCAUGGUGGGUUCCUGUGGCUGAUGCAUGGGGGACAUACUGCAGGUGAACCAGAAAGUCAUUACCAGUUUGAAGUUGUAAGGAUUCAGGACAGUGCAGAGAUUCAUGCUGUCACAGACCCAAUUUCAGAGCCGGGAAUAACUUUCCUGACCGAUGCCUUCUUUAUUGAGGGUGGUGGUAGGAUGCAAGGUACAAAGCUCACCAUUCAAGCCAUCAACAUCACUGUAGAUGAUGCCGGACUGUUGUCUGCCGAUGGAACUGGCUACCAUUACUACCACAGUGAUGACACUCAUGGAAUGGAUUCCUUACAUGGAGCUGUCAACCCUGGAAAGCCACCAGAUAACUCACAGUCUGGUGGGAGCCAUGGUGGAACUGGAGGAAGAGAACAAAAUGGUCAGACUGGACUCCCCUACGGUGACCUGUAUCAGCCAUAUGUCUUUGGAAGUUCUGGAGCAAGAGUCAGUAGUGGCUCAGGAGGGGGUAUCAUCUGGAUGAAUGUUACAGGUACGAUACAUGUGGAUGGUGAAGUGACAGCCAGAGGUGGAAUCGGAGAUGGUCAUGGAGGUGGAAGUGGUGGUAGCAUUUGGAUCUACAGCUUCACCAUCAAAGGCUAUGGACGAUUCUCAGUUGAUGGUGGCGAUGGCACAAUCGGUGGUGGAGGAGGAGGAGGACGAUUUGCUCUGUACUUCAGGGAGAAUCUUACUUCAACUGGAUUCAGCUACCAUGCAAGGGGCGGAAGAUCGAACAGUGCUGAGAAUGGUGGAGCCGGGACUGCGUUUUUGUAUGACCUUGUCAUAGAACAUCGCACACUUAUCCUUGACAAUGGUGGACUUCAGCCGAGGACUGAGCAUCAUACACUCUGGAACUACACCGAGGUCACAAGAGAUGGCUGUCGAACGUGGAUCUUACCACAAUCUGGUCGUCACUUUCUUGCUAAUGGCACUUACUCCUAUCACUUUGAGGAACUUCAGGUGUAUGGGGCUGCUCAUGCAGCAGUUCUAACUGACCCAGUGGAUUCCUUCGCAUCUCUGUUUUUCCUUUAUAUGAUAGGGGAUCGCACUGGAACAUUCCAUAUUGGCUUCAACCAGACCCUAGACCUCGAAAGACCGGAAAUAGAUCUACCAUUUAGUGCCAGAGUCUACCGUGGAGGUUAUCUAGGACUGGCCCCAGAUACCAUUGUACAUGGUGUCAGCAUAUGGAUGCAUGGUGAGCUUGAUCAUGUAGAGUUCCUCACAAUUCGUUGGUAUGGACACUUCUCAAUGGAGCAUGGAGGACAUACCGAGGGUCAGAAAAGCAGUUUUUACAACUUCACCUCAGUGACGGUACAAGAUUUUGCUCUCAUGUCUGGCAUAUCCUCAACCACCUUAGAUCCAGGGAUCACUCUCACUGUGGAAACCCUAGAUGUUGAAGGAGGCGGAGAAGCCAGAUUUUCUCAUGCUUUCAUUCAAGCAGAAAAUCUUACAAUUGAUGAUGGAGGCCUUUUGAAUAGUAAUGGACUUGGGUACAAUACAACAGACAAUAUGGACUUAUCCAAAGGUGUGAAUCUUGGCAGAGGUGCAGCACAUUCAUCGGGUAGUUCUGGAGGUGGUCAUGGUGGAACAAGUGGACGUGGUCAUGGGACAGAACUAACUGGCCAACCUUAUGGUAAUCUCUACGAGCCAUUUGAUUUUGGAAGUGUAGGAGGAGGAGGUAAUGGUGGGUUUGGAGGAGGAUUCCUCCUGCUCAAUGUAUCAGACACAGUCAAAAUCGACGGAAUCAUGAGUGCGGAUGGAGCCAAUGGUGGAGGCACUUCUGGUGGCGGAAGUGGAGGCAGCAUCCUCAUGAACUGCAAUCUCAUAAAGGGUAGGGGGUUUAUAAUGGCUAAUGGUGGCAAUGGUGGAGGUAGUGGAGGUGGAGGUUCUGGUGGUAGGAUUGCCGUGUAUCUUAUGAGAAAUGAGACAUUCAGAGGAAAGUUUCUCUGUCAUGGUGGGGAUGGCUUCGAGCCUGGUGGACCAGGGACAGUAUUUCUCUACCAUCUUUUCUUUGAACAUCGUACAUUGCUUGUUGAAAAUGCCUUCCAUGAGAGCACCUUUGUCACUCCUAUCAACUCAUACUUCGAUAUCUCUAGAGACAGCUUCAAAGCUUGGGUCCUCCCACAGUCAGGAGAGCAUCAUUUUGCCGGUGGUAUUCAUGAUUAUCGCUUUGAUGAACUUCAGAUCUACGGAAAUGCUCACUUUGCAAUUCUUGCAGAGCCUCGCAAUCACAGUGCCUCACUACACUUUUUACACAUGAUUGGAGACCGGUCUGGGGUGAUUCAUGUUGGUCCUAACCAGGUGAUGGAUUUGGAGCGUGAAUCAAUUGACACUCCUUUCAGCUCCUACGUGUACAGGGAUGGUUACCUUGGCCUCGGGUAUUCUACAAUCCUUAGUUACGUGUUCAUUCACAAUGCCGGUACCAUAGACCAUAUUCAUGACCUCACCAUGUACAAUGGUGCUACAAUCUAUGCACAGCUAUCGGGGUCCACCUACAGCCUUCCAGAACGAGAAUUCCACUUCAACGGAACUCUACGCAUCAAGGCACGGUCGGUUUUCAACUUUUCGGCUCCAUUUGCCCCAUUGGAAUCAUACCACUUAAAGGCAAGCACAAUUAUUGUAGAAGGAGGUGCCAAGGUAUAUGGGAAGAACCUGGUUCUAGAAAGUGUAAAUAUGACUGUGGAUGAUGGUGGUUAUAUAGACGUCAGUGAUGGAGGACAUCUUGCUCAGCAAGGACAGGGUGCAGGUAUAAGUCAUCGCCUCGGGGGCAGUGGGGCAUCCCAUGCUGGUCUCGGUGGUAGAGGGGGGUGUCAGGGGUAUGUCACAUGCACCCUUCCCAAGAAUCUUCCUUAUGGUGACCUCUACAAUCCAAGGGACUUUGGUAGUGGUGGGGGUGGAGCAGUAGGUGGUAUCGGUGGGGGAACUCUACAGAUUCAAGUAGUUGAUAUUCUUCAAGUAGAUGGUACUAUAAUGGCUGAUAGUCUUGAUCUGGACCUGACCUCAUCUGGAUCCGAUAGCUCUGGCGGCAGUGGAGGAAGCAUCCUAAUUGAAUCAGGAGCUUUUAUUGGUGGACACACUGGUUCAGUACAGGCAUUGGGCGGUGCUGCAAAGUACACCAACGGUGGGAGCGGCGCCGGAGGCCGCAUAGCUAUAUACCACCAAACAAAUGUUACCCAUGGAGAAUACCGAGGCUCACUGAGGACGGAGGGUGGUCCAGUAGGCAUGGGUGGUGCUGAGGCAGGAGCAGCUGGUACUGUGUACAUCAAGCACCUUGAUACAGGGUUCUCUGUGCUCAAGGUAGACAACGGUGGUAGAAAGCCAAUCACCAAGGAGAUCGAAAAUGUUGGUACACGACUUAAUUUAGCCGGUGGAUCUCGGUCCAAGUCUUCAGUCUACACUGCUACCUCUGGUGUCAGAAUCUCUUCAAGUGGACCAACCUAUGAUCCUUAUCCGCAUCAUGAUGAUUAUUACUAUCUGGCGUACCUCUUUGACCAGUCAUAUAAUGGCGAUGUAAGGUCAUACUACAGAAGCAGCUAUCACAGUGUAAUCUUGACCUUUGACCUUAAAGAAAUCUUCUUUGUGAAUGUCAUCAGAGUUCAUGUUCAGUGUAAUGCUCUUACAAAGUUCAGGGUGGAGUCUUCUUUAGGAGGUACCAUUCUGCCAGUAACUACAGACUAUGUCCUUCCUCCAAACCCAUGUCUUGGUUCUGGCCCUUAUCUGGAACUGUCCGUUAAACGCAGGGCUGACACUAUCAAAUUCCAUUUGACUUCUACUCAAUCAAGCUCUGCGAGUUACAGUGAUGCUGCAUUGUCAGAAAUUGAGAUCUUUAUUGAUGAAUCUCAUGUGCACUCCAGGUAUGAACACAGAGAACUAGACAGUGCAAGGACCUGGAUUGAACCUGUGGGCACCAGUUUUCACCAGUUUGAUGAGGUUUAUAUACUUGGAGGUGCACACCUGGCCUUCAUGCCAGUGAAUUACAACCUUACCGAGCCGGUUUCAGUUCAAGUUGGUCAGCUGUAUGGGGAUACAACUGGCUACAUUCACCUUGGUUUCAAGCAAUCCAUGUCUAUCAACAUCACUCAUCCUGAUAUCUCCUUCAAUACAAUGGUCUAUGAGGAAGGCAGACUGGUGAUGCCUUCUAGGGCAUUCUUCAAAGGAGUUGAGCUUAUUUCUUCAGGAAAUGUUGCAGGGAUUGAUGAUCUGUUCGUCUUUGAUGGUGGUUUUGUUCACUUGGAUGCCAAUGGUAGCCUUGGUUAUGACAGCGAUCCUAGAGAACACACUUUGUCUAGUCUACACGUACAAGAUGGCGGGACCUUCUGGCUGGAGAGCAUAGAUGUGUGUGAUCGUGUGAGCCUAUCUGCAUACAACAUCACUGUGUAUGGAGGAGGUCACUUUCAGUCUAACGCUGGUCUCAAUAUCUCGGCAUCUCAUCUCUUUGCUAUUUACUCUGGUGGUGAACUCAAUCUUGAUCAUUCUGGUUUCCAGACUCGGUCUUCCAUCCAGCUUGGAUCUACACUCGUCAGGGGACCGGGCCAGGGCUAUGGUGGUGUUUCUGGUGGUAGUGGAGGAGGUCAUGGUGGAAGUGGAGGUCAAGGGUCAGGUCAAUCUCUUGUUGGUCUGGCCUAUGGCUCUAUCUAUGAACCCACAGACUGUGGCAGUGCAGGAGGCUAUGGAGAACACUAUGGUGAGCUGUAUUUUGGAUCUGAACCUACCAAGAAUACACUUCAGUUGCGCGGCAUUGGAGGCAGAGGGGGCGGAGCUUUGAAAGUUACAUCACGUCAUGUGAUCAUUGAUGGCAUUAUAUCAGCCAAUGGCGAACCUUCAUUAUAUGCCAGAGCAGGAGGAGGAUCUGGAGGGAGUGUUUGGGUAGAGUCUGAGGAGCUGGAUGGCGUUGGUACCAUCUCUGUUGACGGAGGCAAUGGCCAGCUUGAAGGAGGAGGAGGUGCAGGUGGAAGGGUUGCUAUUAACUAUCAGAACAUGGUCAACUUUAAUGGCACCAUCACAGCUACUGGAGGCAGUUCAUCCAGAGAAGAUGGUGCAGCUGGAACAGUUUACCUGGAACGUCAUGAACUCCUGUCAAACACAUCUAGACAGGUCACCCACAAGAUACUCAAGGUCAACAACAGAGGGCGUUCUGAGCCUCGUUCAUUAGAUGGAUUGCAGGAACCUCUACGUAACCUCCUGGAUGGACUCUAUGAUGAUAUUACCGAAGCUGGAGGGAUAACGUGGCUGUGGCAUACUGAUAAUGAAUAUGGGUUUGAUGAGAUUCAUCUUCAUGGAAAUGCACAUGUUGCAAUUCUGAGUAACACUUCCGGGGAGACAAUCACCAUUGUUGGAGGAGAACUGUACGGGGAUCGUUCGGCAGUGAUACACAUUGGCAAGAAUCAAUACCUUCACUUCAACUUCACGGAUGUCUACUUUGCUGCCAAUGUUCUCCUCUAUAGAUAUGGUGAGCUGACAGUUCCUCCCAGACUCAGCAUGAGGGAUGUUUGGAUGGAUAUCAAGGGGACAUUUAACGGAAUAGAUCAGUUUACAGUAGAUGAAGGUGGUCAGCUGACUAUAUGGUCAGUUGGACGGUCAACUGGUCAACCGAUGGGUGUCUAUAAGUGUGUCAACAUGACGGUCAGAUCAGAGGGAAAUGUGAAGAUGUUAGCAGUGGAAGGAGAUGAUGACAUCACAUUCCAGACCACAUACCUUAUCAUCCAGGCUGGUGGGAUUGUAGAAACUAAUCGAUUGAUCAUCUCUGCUGAAAAUAUCACCAUUGAUUCAUCAGGAUCACUGAAUGCAGAUCACCGAGGACAUCCAGCUGGAGAAGGUCCUGGGGCUGGUCUGCCUCGCACUGCAUUCCCUGGCGUCCAGGGUGGAUCAGGGGCAGGACACGGUGGACGAGGGGGACGGUCCUAUGGAGGGAUCUACUCUGCUUGGUCCUAUGGUUCCACUCACAUGCCUCGGCAGAUGGGCAGCGGUGGAGGUCUUGGUGGAUCUGGUGGUAAAGGGGCAGGAUCUAUGUGGCUGCUUGUCAAUGAUACCUUGAGGGUCGAAGGUCGUCUCCAUGCCAACGGAGAGGAUGGAUAUUCGACCUCAGGAGGAGGAUCUGGUGGAAGUCUGUUGCUGGAUGUCUUUCAUCUUGAUGGGUCUGGUAGUAUUGAAGUCAGAGGAGGCAGCGCCAGCAAUGGUGGAGCAGGAAGCGGUGGUAGGGGUGCCAUAUACUACCAGCAUAGCAGCUUCACUGGUGACUACCUUAUGCAAGGGGGCAUGGCAUCAGAGAAAAAUGGUGCUGCAGGUACCUUCUUCCUCCAACAGAACACAACCGAUGGCAACGCAGUCUAUCGCCAUCUAGUGGCGGACAAUGACCAGCAAUCGUCAACAUCGACGGUCAUUGAGGAAGAGAGUCUUAACUUGAGAGGGCCGUUUUCCGCUGGAUCUGUCUCGUAUGCGGCAUACAGUGGAGUGAUUGUCGGGACCACUCAUAGUCCUUACAAGCAGUCGUCUUCAUCGUCUCAUCCCUAUAAUGCUCUGAGCAACAUGUUCAACCCUGUCUCUGGUGCCUAUGUCACCCAUACCUCAGCAACUGUCAUGAUCACCAUCACACUUCCUUUCACCGUCUAUGUCAAGGCUAUCAAAAUCAAUCCUGUAUGCAAUGGUUGGGGUUAUGGAACUCAGUUCCGCAUCGUUGCCUACUCUGAGAUGGAAGCUGAUGUAGCAGAUGUGACCAAUGGGUUUGUAAGCACUCUCGGGUGCUCUGGAAUUUAUCAAGGAUUCUACCAUGUCAGAAAAGAUGUCAUUAAGUUUGAGAUUCACCUCCAAGGAAAUGCAGGAUUUGCUUCUUUGGGGAAUGUUGAGAUCUUGUCAACAGAGAACCCCUUAGCUACAGAGCAAUCAAGGUAUUCUGUCCAUCCUGAAACACUCAUAGUGACAUCAUCAGAGGAAUCCUCAGUCCUUCAUUAUGACAAGAUCACAGUGAAAGGUGGAGCCAAACUUGGAAUAACUGGCAAUUCUUCAAGUCUCUCACUCAGAGAAUCUCUGACUGGUGAUCAUACUGGUCAGAUCACUAUCAGAACCGGACAGUCAUUCGAUAUCCAGAUACCUAGGACCUUCUUGACCAUUUCACUCUUAGCCAAAGUCAACAGCUCUAUCACUUUGUCCCAAGUAGUAGAGUGUCGUCGUAUUGGCAUGAAAAUAUAUGGUGAACUUCACAGACUAGACAGACUGACCAUUGGUGACCAGUGCAGAGUGAGCUUGGAAAAUCCUACUUUCACUCUACUUGAGAUUGACUACCUGGACAUCAAGACAUUCGGUUCUCUGGACAUAAACAAUGAAAAUGAUGGACAUACUACAAUCCUUGGAACGAAACUCGAUGUGAGGAGUGGAGCCCAGAUGAUGUGUGGAGAUCUGAAGGUUGAUUAUGAUGAUAUCAGUUUUGAGCCAUCAAGUCUUCUCCAGGUUGGAUUCUCACCAAACUAUGAGCAUCAUCAAUAUGAUGGAAUAGGGCUUGGUUUAUCAGGUGCUUCUGGAAGCUCAGGUGCAGGUCAUGGCAGCAAUGGAGGACAGGGCCAAUCUCAGCCUAUUGCUGGGGCAUCCUAUGGUUCCUUCAUGACCCCUGAUACCUUUGGGUCAGUUGGAGGUCACUCCAUCUUCCCCCAUCAUGGAGGAUCCCCCGGUGGAGGUCUCUUCCUCUGUGCCAAACGGAGUUUGCACAUUGAUGGUACUAUAGAUGCAUCAGGUGGAGGUGGGGCAUCUCCUCAUGCAGGUGGUGGAAGUGGAGGGAGUAUCUGGAUUGAGACAGAGACAUUCAAUGGAGAUGGCUCCAUCAAUGCCCUUGGAGGAGAUGGAGAGGGAACCGGAGGGGGAGGUGGAGCUGGUGGGAGAGUGGCCGUUUAUUAUACCUACAACCACUUCUCAGGUUCAUUUGUAGCAGCUGGUGGAGUAUCAUCCUACGAGCCUGGUGGUCCAGGAACAGUAUACCUUCACAAGCUUCAACCAGUCAAUGGCACCGCAUUCCUUGAUGCUUCCAGCCCUGAAGGACAGAUCACACAUGACUCCAAUGUCUCAUCCCCUCUCACCAAUCGCACACUCUACCUCAACAACCUAGGUCGCCUGCCAAGAUCCAAGAACCGCAAUCUCACUGAGCUGUACUCGGACUACCAGUCAGCCACGACUAUCACCUGGUUAGAGCCUUCCGAACCCGCAAUGAUUGCAAUUCUGAGGAAUAGCCAAUCGCAUAAUUACUCCGACGACUUCGUUAUAGAUGAAUUGCAUGUGUAUGGAGGUGCAGAAGUGGCUUUUAUUGAUCCUCUGCAUCCAGAAUCACAGUUGAUGAUGCGUCUUGGAACCAUUGGUGGUGACCGUACAGGUCGGAUGCUCGUCGGCUUCAAUCAGACCAUGGAGGUGAUACAGCCAGAUUUUCCUCUCAGCGUUGAUGUCUAUAGAGGAGGAGAGAUAGUUCUCUAUGGAGAACUGAUUGUCAGUGGUGUGACUUUCAACAUUGAGGGCGUCCUUCCUUAUGCAGAAAAUAUUACCAUCAGGGAUGGAGGGGUACUUAACAUGCAUGAAAUGAUAGGGCUGGAUGGUGAAGCAACAGAGACGGUUCUUUUCAACUCUAUCAACAUCAGGAAUCAUGGGACAUUCCUAACUCACAACGGGAAAAACAGGAGGGCUCUGAUUGGCGAUUAUUUACAGGUGUAUGGUGGAGCAUCAUUGCUUUCGACUAAUCUCUACCUUGAAGUGACUACAGUCAUAGUGGAUUCAUAUGGGACGAUCGGUGUUCUUGGGUCAACCAAGGAAUCUGCAGAAGGACCUGGCGGAGCAUUCAUGAACACCGGUGCUUCCCAUGGUGGAGAAGGGGGCGGUGAAAACUCUUUGGUGCCCGUACCCCAAGCCUAUGGCUCCUUCACCACCCCAACAGAGUUUGGGAGUUCCUCCAGCCCAGGAACCAAUGGAGGUGGCAUCCUUAGUGCUUUGAUCUCGGAUUUGAGGGUUGAGGGUCGUCUUGAGGCAAAUGGAAUGAAUUCUGAGGAUUCCGGCGGGGCGAGUGGUGGCAGCAUCAUGAUACAAGCAGGAACAAUACAUGGGACUGGUGUCAUCUCGGCAAAUGGAGGCUCAGGGACAUGUGGAGGAGGGGGUGGAAGAAUGGCACUGUACUAUAAACACCUCAGCGAUGGCGUGACCCAUGAGGUCAGAGGAGGUCAAGGGUCAUUGUAUGAACACGGAGCAUCAGGAACAGUCUAUCUGAAGGAAGAAGGGGAUCUGGAGAGAAAGACUCUUAAAUCUUACAACCAUUUUGCCAGAGCAAGCUCACAGGUCAGAAGAACUGUUGUCCCUCUUCCUCCAGACCCUGAUCUUGACCAUGAUCUUGAUCUCCUGGACAUUGGUCAGUAUGCUCAUGUUGAGCUUGAAGCAGUGGACUUUCAUGGUGACCCUGCAACCGAUGACUCUCGUAGAACGCUUCACACGUCUGAUAUCGCUGGUGAUCUGCUGGGAGUGCUUCAUGUAGGAGAGAAUGAUAGUAUAGAGAUUGGGGCUAAUGCUACUUCCAGGAUACCGUUCGGCAUCACUGUUUACCAGGAUGGAAGAGUAUCCCUACCACCAAAGUCUGUCUUCCAGGGUGUAGACCUCACCAUGCUGGGAGGAAGAUUAGAAAGAGUGGACUUGUUGGAGAUCGCAAAGCACUCUCGAUUCACCUUUGACCCCAGUGCCAGCAUCAAUUCUGAGCAGCCCAGUGAUAUCGACCUGGUUUCCAUGCUCCUAUUAGGAGGAGGAACCAUGGAAUAUACAGGAAGCCCAGCCGAUGAUGAUGAGAUGAAGAUGAGCUUGGAGGAAGAGCUGGAGAUACGAGGAGGAGGAGUUGUGAGAGGAAAUCAUCUCUCCAUCACAGGUUGGUUUCUCUCUGUUUCACAUGAUAUAGUGAUCGAUUCUGGAGCCCUGAUGGAUGUGAGAAGGCGUGGUUGGCGAUCUGGAGAGGGUCCCGCUCCUGGUAUCUAUGGUGAAAAGGGUGCAGCUGGCGCCUCCCAUGGAGGGCGUGGUGGAAAGGGGACCAGCGUGGAUCACAGUAAUAAUGCAUAUGGAAAUGUUACGAAUCCAAACGACUAUGGUAGUGGCGGUAGUCCUCUGUCCGGUGGAGAUCAGACAUCAAGUGGUGGUGGCAUCAUCAAACUGUUGGCCACAGGCAAUGUUCUUCUGGAUGGUGAGAUUUUGGCAAGCGGAGGAGAUGCGAAUCGUGUAAGGACAAGUGGGGCUAGUGGCGGCAGUAUUUUUAUCUCUGGACGUGCUGUGACAGGGCGUGGCCGUAUCUUGUCUGAUGGAGGCGAUGCUACAUGUGUACCUCAUUGCGGCAGCUGCGAUCCUGAACGUCGCUGCUUGUCGUGCACUGAUUAUAAGUACUGGAUUGACUUCAAUUGUGUUGAUGACUGCAGAUACUAUUUUAACAGAAGGAGGAAGGAGUACAGAGAUGGACGUUAUUGCCAUGGAGAAACAGAUGGUGGAAUCAAGGAAAUUGGAGGAGGAGGAUCGGGUGGAAGAAUUGCUGUCCAUGCCACGGAUGAUUACAAGUUCCGAGGGACACUGCAGGCUCAUGGCGGUAGCAGCCACCUGGAGCCUGGAGCAGCAGGAACCAUUUAUACCAGCUUGGUAUCUUCCAACAUCACCCAACGUUCUCUCAUUGUUGACAACUUCAAUCGUGAACCAGCCGCAGAGUUUCUGCCUGGCGAUCGUGACCUUGACAGCAGCAGGACAUAUGUGUUUGUCGGAGACAAGGACUUGGAUGUGGAAAGGCUCCAGAUUGACAGAGGUGCUCAUGUGGUCUUUGCAACGUCUGCAGAAGGCGAGGGGCGGUUCACCUGUGGGCAUGUGGAAGGUGAUGGGACGGGCUUGGUACACAUCCUACCCGAAACACCUGUGCACAUCUUGGAUUCAGUUUCACCAUUUCCAUUUGCCUUCAGAAACUAUGAGGGAUCAACAAUGGGACUUCCAAAAGCUGUUUAUCUUGGUGACCUGUCCCACAAGAAGAUCUAUGUAGAGGGUUCUGUUGAAGGCCUGGAAGACUUCAUUGUUGGAGAGAGAAUUGAAGUAGUCCUAGGAACCAAGGGAGGUUCUGCGAAUUAUCCUGACCAGACUCUAGUCCUGAACUCUCUCCGCAUCCUCACAGACGGAAGCUUAAGCUCCCAUUACUCGGGUUCUCUUGCUUAUGAAGAUGUUGUAAGCCCAUCGCUGUCAUUAGCAAUCACUGACUCUCUUCACAUUCAGCCUGGUGGACAGCUAAAGGGAAGUUGGAUUAAUGUUACAGCAGGACGGAUCAUUGAGAUUGAUUCAGCUGGUAUCAUCGAUGUGAAUGGUCAAAGUCCCAUCAGGCCAACAGACCAGGAGAGUGGACAUCCUGGUACCACAGGAUCAUCUGGUGGCAGUUUGGGUGGUACAGGAGGACGAACCUUUGACCAGGCCAUCCCAGGCCCACCCCGAGGUUCACUCUUCAAUCCUCUCGACUUUGGGAGCUGUGGAGGUCAAAACUCUAUUGAUCUAGAUUCCUUGGGGUAUGGUGGUGGAAUCAUCAGUCUUACAGCACCUAUUCUAGAUUUGAAUGGAGCAAUCCUUGCAGAUGGUUCAUCCUCCAAAGGCGGGCGUAAUGGAGGAGGCAGUGGGGGUUCUAUCCUCAUUAAAGGUAUUUUGAAUGACAUCCCUUGGGCCCAUUUCAUAAAGAGAAUUGCUGAAAAUUUGUCAUUAUGGCAACUACCACGGUCACAAGGUUCUUCAGUACAAGGUCAAGGGUCAUUGUCAGCCAUUGGUGGCAGCGGUGGGAUGCAUGGUGGCGGAGGAGGUGGAGGACGGAUAGGCAUCCACUUCAAUAACAAUACCUUCCAUGGUGAUCUACAAGCCACGGGUGGUGGUAGUGGCUAUGAAAUAGGAGGUGCGGGGACUGUUUUGUUCUACAACAGAGCUUCCGAUGAAAAGACAUUGAUGACUGACAAUUCUUUCAAGACUCCUGGUCCACUUGCAAUUUCUACUGAUUAUGAUAUUACUGGGAGUGAAGAGAGUUGCCACACUUGGCUUCUACCUGUGUUUGAUGGCGAUCAGUAUGUCUUUGAUGAGUUGGUCUUGAGAGGAAGAGCCCAUUUAGCUAUAGCUGGUGGUGAUCAUCCCAGCAUGAAUACUACUGUGAGGGUUAGGAAGACUUCAGGAGAUGCUUCUGGGAUCUUCCAUGUUGGUCCGCAUCAGGAUCUCAACAUUGACCUUCCAUCUGAACACCCACGUGUUGCUUGGGGUGUGCUUCUCAACCCUUAUGGUGACCUUGAAAUGCCUGCUGACCUUGAAGUCCAUGGAGUAACCUUUGAACUUGAAGGGCAACUACACAAUGUUCAAAACCUCAUCAUUGGCCAUGGUGGUGUAGUAAACAUAAGACCAUACACAAAUAGCACUGCAGGAAUAUCACACAUGCUACAAUAUAACUCAAUCAUAAUCAGAGGUGGAGGCAAACUAGUCGUGGAAGGUGGAGAAAAAGGCUUCAAUCUCCAUGGAAACACCCUCAUUGUGGAGAGCGGUGGUAUUCUCGAGGCAGACCAUCUAGCUUUAGUGGUGGAUGAUCUUGUCGUCGAGGAACUGGCAGUGAUUGAUUUGAAUCACAUUUCACAGUUCACCGAGGGUCAAGGGUCAGAGGUCACCGGGGCAGGUCAUGGAGGAUUCGGAGGAGGUAGUGAAGAUCAUCCUGGAGGCAUUGCAUAUGGAAAUGCAUUCCAUCCGGCUCACUUUGGCAGCAUUGGUGGUAGUGAUGAUGUAAUGGGAGGUGGAAUACUACAUGUAGAUGCAAGAAACAUACGAAUAGAUGGAACUGUCAGGUGUGAUGGAGAAAAGGGCAUGGAUAGAGCUGAAGGAGGAGCCAGCGGAGGGAGCAUUCUCCUUGAGACAAGAAUCUUUACAGGAUCAGGAAUUAUCCAGGCAAAUGGAGGGAGAGGUUUUGGAACAGUUGGAUCAGGAGGAGCAGGAGGAAGGAUUGCUGUCUAUUACACCGAGCACUCAUUUGUUGGUCAAAUGGUAGCUUAUGGAGGAGCGGGAUCUAAUCUGAAGAAUGGAGCAGCAGGAACAGUAUACCAAGAAUCCAGAGAUCCAUUGUCUGUCCAUAGAACACUUCUUGUGGACAAUAACGGUCUUCAGGUUCCCGAUACUAUGAUUACUGAUUACAACAAUCUCCAGACUGUUGGAACAAAGACCUGGUUCCCGGCAACUGUCAACAGCAUGGAGUUUGACGAACUAACCCUGCUUGGAAAUGCCCAUCUUGCUUUUGAAGCCAUUGGAAGUUUGACCUUGAUUGUUGCCAAAGUCAUUGGUCCUUCAGUCCAUGACGGUUCCUUUGGAACUCUCCACAUUGGACUGUACCAGUCGUUUCAACUGAAUGAAGUUGACAUUAUUCUGCCAUUCAACCUGAAGCUCUAUCGUGAUGCUACUCUCACAAUCCUCCCACCUGGUGUCACCUUUCAGUCAAGUCAGAACUUCAUCAAUGGGAGGGUAAUUGGAGGUGGAGAUGUAACGGUCAUUGAUGCAGAGUUGUCUUACGGUCAGCAUGCAAGGUCUGGAAAUACUCCAAAAGCAACGAUUGUACUGCAUUCAUUACAAAUCAGAUAUGGUGGAAUCGUAUCAUUCCUAGAUGGUAUUGAAGAGUACACUGUUAGGGCUGGAACUGUUAAUCUGUCUCCUGGAGGUAUUCUGAGAGGAAGAGCUUUGCUAAUGGAAGAUGUGGACACACUAACUAUUGAGGAAACAGCCAUUCUGAAAGUAGAUCAUGCUAAUCCUUUCUCUCAGAAUACUGAAUUUAGGUCUGGCUCUGGUGGAAGCCUUGGUGGAGAAGGAGGAUAUGGACAGGGCACCAGCACAAGAAUAUACCCCAUCACUGAUAUCAGCCGUCCAAACCUGUUUGGUGAACCUGGACAAUGUCGAUGGAACCCCUGUCUAAAUGGAGAGUCCCCAGCGGGAGGUGGGAAGUUGCUUAUCAAGGCACAUACUAUCAUUAAUCGGGGCACCAUUAGUGCAAGUGGAGAAGAUACUCGAGAUAGUAUGCAGGCUGGAGGUGGGUCUGGAGGAAGUAUCUGGUUAGAGUGCACAAAUAUUGACUCUACUGGUACUGUAUCUGCAGCUGGCGGUACUGGUAGGGAAGGGGGAGGUGGGAGUGGUGGCCUGAUCAAGAUUUCAUAUGAAGUUGGGUCCAUCUCGAAAACACCGAGGUCCUGUGGAGGGCUGGGGCACCAGACAGGAGGUCCAGGACUGGUUAUGCUAGAACAGAAACUGAUUGGAUCAUAUCACAAAAUGAUGCAUAUCAGCAAUUGUGGAAGAGAAACAGAUCGCGUUGCCCAUUUGGCUGUGCCAUUUCCAUCUCUGAGUCUGCAAACUCUUCACAUCCGUGACAAAGGAAAAGUCAUUGUCAUAUGUACUCUGAACAAUGAUGCAACGUGCAUUAGUGCUGGUCAUGUCAUCGGUGACAGAACUGGUAGUAUUGAAAUAGCACAUGGUGCUUCAUUUUUUCUUGGUGUUUGUGGAUCCUCUGGCUGUGAAUAUGAAGAACAAACUGAGAUGGAUCUUGCAGUAAACAUUAUUGUUCAAUAUGAGGCUUACAUUAAGAUACCAAGCUAUCUUACAUUGAGAGGUGUGACCUUUGACCUUUGUGGAGCAGUAGAUGGUGUCCAAGAUGGAAGAGUUGAUAUUCGGAAGGAUGGUGCCUUUCUAGCAAGUUAUCCUGCAAGGACUGGGCCACAAAACUCAGAUGUUGGUGAACUCGGCAUUCUCAGAAUAAAUAAUGUACAUGUGUAUGAAGAUGGCAGAUUGGAUGUGUCUGAUAGGUGUCCAUACAACAUAAAACUCAGUCUUGACUUUGCUACAUUUGAAACUCUCUAUAGGUCACAGUUUAACCCAGGAUCAUUUGAGUUGAUUACAGCAAUGCCAUGGACAGAGCCUGUAGGAGAUCCUUUAGAUGAUGUUUUUUGUAUGACUGAUGGAAACCUAGUCUUGCUGUCUGGUCAGACCUGCUCCUUGCCUGCUGGCAGCUAUGACUAUCAUUCCAUUAUGAUUCAUGGUGGAGCUGUCCUCAAGAUCCUAGGAAAUGAAAGUGGUGAUAUUAUCACUGUGAUUUCAGUUGUUGACCUUCAUAUCAAUCCUGGAGGUCUGAUUGAUGGGAAAGGAGCAGGUUUGAGAUUUGUUGGAGAUACGCCAUCACCAGAAGGGGGUAGCUAUGGGGGUUAUGGUGGCAAUACAGAACAUCCUCCAUUUGGAAGCGCCAUUGAUCCAUUGGACUAUGGUUCUUAUGGCUCAGGAAGUAGAGGAGGUGGGCAGCUGAAGCUUGUCAUUGCGAGAUGUGCAGUUAUCAACGGGGAUAUCAGCAUGGAUGGUGGUGAUUCGACUUUGCAGAACCAAGGUGCUGGAAGUGGUGGCAGUAUUCUCAUUCAAACACCUUGUCUCGUAGGUUAUGGUACCAUUUCAAGCCGAGGAGGAAAUGCGUUAGCAAACUUUGGAGGUGGUGGAGGGGGUGGAGGAAGGAUCUCUGUCCAUUUCACAGAUGAUGACAACAACUUCAUGGGUUCCUUUGAAGUUGAUGGUGGACACGGGUCAGGUUCAAGUGGUACCAUCUACCAGCAAUCAUAUGAUGGAGAAAGACAUCUCAUCCUGGCCGGGUUAACAGAUACCCCUACAACAAUAACAGCAGACACGUUGAAUAACGUAAAUCAGGUUGAUAUUCUGAAGGUAACAGAUGGAUAUCAAGUGGCAUUAGACCUGAAUAUUACCAUAGGACAACUGAGAGGUGAUUUGAGUGGUCAUGUACUGCUGCCUGGUAAUUCAACUGUGCAAUUAGAUUCUGUUGAGUUUGAUCACCUUGGAGCACAGUGCAGUUUUGAAAUUACCGAACAUGCCAGACUCAUCCUUCCGCCUUCCAUUUUGAUGCAAGGGACAGUGAAUUUGGAAGGGCUGCUAGAAACAGAAGAUUUCAUCCUUGGGGAAGGGGCAUCAGCUACUGUAUCAGGUACUCUCAUGGCAAUAUCUGUCAGAUUACAAAGGAACUCGUAUCUCACUAGCUACGAGAAUGCCACAUUUGGUAGGAUGGCGAUACCUGGAACCAUGGACAUUGAAAGUCUUAUCAUUGACGUCAGUGCCCAUCUUGAUCUUAGUGAAGGCUACCGAAUACAUGCAUCAGACUUCCAAAUGCAUGAGUCAUCAGAACUGAGUACGAAUUCAGAUCGUAAGAUGUUUUCCAUCAUCUGCGGAGAUGCCUACAUAGCAAGAGGUGCCCGCAUAUCUGCAGAUGCUGGUGGUCUUGUUGAUGGCCCGGGAAGCCCUCCAGACCCCAGAUCUGGUGCAAGCCAUGGCGGCGAAGGUGGUGUGUAUGCAGGAAUAGCAGGUGUAACCUAUGGUUCCAGCACUGUUGCUUCCACACCAGGUAGUGGAGUCAAUUAUGGUUCUUCAGAAGUUCGUGGAGGAGGAACGAUAUCUUUUGAAGUUGAAUCAGAUAUGAUAUUGGAAGGGAUGCUUUCUGCAAAUGGACAAGACUCUUCAGGAAUUAUUGGUGGUGGCUCUGGAGGAAGUAUUAACAUCCAGGUAAAUGGUUUCUUUCAGGGUCAUGGUACAAUCAGGUCUAAUGGAGGGACAGCAAGAGGAUCAUCAACAUCAGGUGGUGGUGGGGGUCGCAUCUCUCUUUCAUCAAGUAUCAGUCACUUUUAUGGUAUAAUUGAAGCUCAUGGAGGUGGCGGAUAUUCCAAUGGUGCAGCUGGUACAGUUUAUGCCACAACCACUAUAGGUAACUCUGGACAAAGCUCCUUGACUGUGGAUAAUGGUGGUAUGUUAACUGUUAGUAGUACUGUGUUUUAUUCAAAUGAGACAGAUAUAACUUUUGAUGAUGUUGUGUUGAGGAAAUAUGCAAAACUCAGAUUUAACAGUUCAUCACAUUCCACAAUCACAAUUAACAAUUUGCAUGGAGAUAAUACAGGAUUACUUCAGGUUAUUGAUAAUCAAAAACUGUUCCUUGCCAGAGAUCAAGCAGUUGCAACAUUUUACUACAUAACAUGUGCUCUUGAGGUAAUGGAAAGUGCAGAGAUAUACCUUCCACCAAACAUUUACAUCUUAGAAAACAUGUUUACAGAAACCUCAUUUAAACUUUCCGGUCAGUUAACUGAUGUAGCAAACAUUGUUAUUGGAUCCAGUGCAUCUAUGGUUAUCGAUGCCACAGCCCAUUCUGCAAUACUUCUGGAUCGUAAUGAGCUAAUUAUCAAUCCACCAGGAUCUUUCUCAGCUACCUCAAUCCAAGUUCAUGGAAACGGCCUGUUACAAUUUGAGAGUUCUACAGAAUUAUUUAUCAAUCUGGAAUUGCUGAGUAGUUUGGAAGUAAGAUACGGUGGUAAACUGGAAAGUGGAUGGCUUGAAAUCAAUACCCCUUCUGUUGUGGUGGAGUAUGGGGGAAUGAUAUCAAGUUAUGGAAGAGGCUUUGGACCAGGUGAAGGGCCAUGCCCGGGUCAGAGUGUCUCUGGGGGUGGUUCCGGUGCUUGUCAUGGUGGAUCUGGUGGUUUUGCAUCCAGUGGUGCAACCACUCUUCAAAGGACAAUAGGUAGUCUGUAUGGCACAAGGGACUUUGGAAGUGGGGGCGGAAGUAGCGAUGCUGGAGCAGGUGGAGUUGGUGGUGGAGUGAUUUCUAUUUUAUCAGAGACUAUAAGGGUUGAUGGAACUAUUGGUGCAGAUGGCCAGAGUGGAAACGGGGCAGGUGGUGGAGGAAGCGGUGGUGCCAUACACAUCAUGACAGAACAUUUCUUAGGAUCAGGUGUUCUCAGAGCAACUGGUGGGAAUGGUGGGGAAAUAGCUGGUGGGGGAGGAGGAGGGGGUCGCAUUGCUGCAAUCCUUUCUUCUGCUAGUAAAUUCAAAGGUACUUAUGUUACCCAUGGUGGAAGCGCCAGUGACGGCAACCAAGGAGGCUCUUCAGGCACUGCUUUGCAACAAACUCAGAUAGGAAUCACAACAUCUAAUGAACUCUAUAUCAGCAAUGACGGUGCUGUUUCCAUUUCACCCCUUGUUACCCUGAUAAACGAGACGCAGAAUGAACCCUUUAUAUUUUCCAAGUUGACACUUCUGAGUAGCGUUCGCCUUGAACUUGAGGGAGAGAACAUUGAAGUCGUGAUUGACAAACUGGAGAGUGAUUCAUCCUGCCAAAUUCAGGUUCAUAACACCAUGGUACUAAGCGUGGAGAGCGAGGAAGAGAGAGGUGUCUUUCAUUGUAGCUUUUUGGUGGAUCCUGAAGGAGAAAUCAGACUACCCUCAAGUGUUGCCUUCCAGGGUGCAAGCAAUCAGAUAUCUGGUACUUUAACCAACAUUUUUGAGCUUGUAGUUGGUGCCCACCAGUUUCUGUCACUUUCCUCUGAGGCUCGUACUGCAGUGUACGUCGGCGGAAGCUACACUUUCAUCUCCCCUCGUGGAGUGUACAGCUUGGCAUCCAUCGUUAUCCAGGAGCAUGCUACUCUUUCUCUGUCUGGGAGGAGUGCAAACAUAUCUGUAGGAAGACUUCAGGUAGACUAUGGAGGAAGUCUCUCCAUACCUGAAUUGUACCUGGAGGGUAGCAACGUCAUAGUGAAUCCUGGAGGUUCUAUUGAUCUGACUGGAGGCAGUUUAGAAGGGCCGGGUCAGGGCAUGGGUGGAACUGGCGGAGGUCAUGGAGGUUACGGGGGAUCACCCCAGGGUGAGAGCAUGCCAGGAGGAGCUGCGUAUGGUGAUGUCAUGAAACCUGACAAAGGGGGUAGCAGGGGAGGAAAUGGAACUGAUGGAUAUGGCGGAGCUGGAGGUGGAUUCCUGUCCAUUACCCUUACAGGGGUUGCAACCAUAAAUGGCAUGAUCAUAGUUGAUGGGCUGCCAGGAACAGGAUCUAGUGGAGGGGGUAGUGGAGGUGCUGUCUUCUUGGAUGUCCAAGACCUGAAUGGCCAUGGCUCUAUUCGGGCUCAAGGAGGAAACGGGGCUGGGACUGGUGGUGGAGGUUCAGGUGGAAGGAUUGCUAUUCAUUCUCAAAACAGUUUAAGCUAUGUAGGAUCCUAUGAAACUAGAGGAGGUGGAAGCAACAUCCCGAGUCCCGAGACCUACAUAGGCGCAGCUGGAACUGUAUAUUUGGCAGAUAAACUGAGCGGUAUUCCAAGACACAGGAUGAUCAUUGACGGAUCUCAAAGAAGCAGCAACCCUCAGCAGGCCUUCACUAUCCUGAGAUCUGAUCAGGGCAUUCGAGAUUUUGCUUUGGAUUCACUAAACAUUCGAGGACAUGCAUUCUUAGAGCUUGGUCACCCAAAUUCAUCUUUGAACAUUGGAACAAUGUUUGGUGACAGGACAGGUACCCUGAUAGUUGGGAAUCAACAAUUGCUGGAGGUAGAUACGUUGAUACCAGCCAAUACAUCAUCUUUGACCCAGUGUAACUUUGAAGUUGAAAGAGAAGGCAUCUUGACAUUUCCUGGGUUGCUCUCCAUUGAUCAGACAACCCUGGUUGUGGCUGGAAUGCUUGCUGUAGAAAAUGUGGCUGUAGAAGAGAAUGGCAGGCUGACCUUUCUUGAUGGAGCCACCAUUGUGAGCAGAAAUGAGAGCAACUUUGCACCACUUUCAGCACCAGGGGAGUUCUACUUCACAUCUUUAACACUGAAACAGGGUUCAACAUUUGAUCCUGUUGGAGGAUUAGUUAUAAAAGGUGGGCUGUUCCAUUUGAAGAUAGGUGUUGUUUUGGAUUUGGACUAUCUAGAUGUCAGGACCAAUGAACUCAUAGUUGAAGAAGGGGCCAUAUUAAGUACCAGUGGUAGGAGCAUGGUCAAUCAAAGUCAUGAUAUGGAUGGAAGCUGUAGAGGUGGUGGCCAUGGUGGUCCAGGGGGUAUCGGCGAUGGUCAACAUCCUGCUGAGGCUUUGCCAUCAUUUGGUACAAUAUAUGAGCCCUCAUUGUAUGGAACACGAGGAGAGGGCACUCAAGGUGGAUAUGGAGGUUCAGUAAUUACUGUAAGUAGUGACGACAUUAGGAUUGAUGGUGUCCUAGAAGCUAAUGGACAAGACUCCAUUCAUGGAGGUGGGAGUGGUGGAAGUGUUUGGGUAAGUGCUCGACGGGAUCUUAGUGGUAAUGGUCUUAUCUCAGCUUCCGGGGGUUCCUCAUCAUCACCCAGCUGUGGUAGUGGUGGAGGUGGCAGAAUAGCCAUACACAUAUUACCAAGGGCAUCAUACCUCUAUCAUGGAACCUACAAUGCUGCUGGAGGAAGUGGUAGUGGUGGAUAUGGUGGUCCUGGAUCCAUCUACUUCAAGAGGUACAAAGAGGAAGAUUACACAGAUGAACUUGUGAUUGACAACAGCAAUGGUCAAGCUCUCCUGUACUUCACCUUGAAUGAAACCUGGACUGUAGGUCAUCUUGACAUUUUAGAACUGAACAACCAUGCUCUCUUUCAUCUUCCUGAAGAUGGUCAGGUCAGAGAACUUGAUUUGAGGAAGGUAGAAGGAGAUGGCACAGGUCUUCUGCAUGUCCAUUCCAAUCAUACUGUACUAUAUGAACAGACUUUCGGUGAAAAUCAGACUCACACAACUGUCAAUACUAACCUUAUCAUUGAUGAUGGUGGAGCAAUUAUUUUCUCGACUCUGACAUUCAUAUCAGGUAAAGGAUCCGUACAUACAGCUCUUGACCUUCAUGGCAGGAUGCUAGGGGUACACAACCUUAUCCUCACUGAAGGUCGUACCAUGAAAGUGUCAAACACUGCUGUUGCAAGUACAGACAUUGAUUACACCACAACUCCUGGUCAGUUUACAUUUGGUAGCGUUGAGCUUCAUGCAGGCAGCCGAUGGGAGUUUGAAACCAACAUGGGAUCUGUUCUUAACAUGGGCUCUCUUGACGUCAAAUUCGGUGCAACGAUAUCAGCUGACUAUGUCAUCGCAGAAGUGAACUCUGUGGAUGUUGAGAUUGGAUCUGUCAUUGCUUGCUCAGGCACUGAACGAUUGGAAUCCUCAUCAGCAGAAAGAGAGGGCAUUCCAUCAAGUGCAGAUGCAGGUUCUGGCCAUGGAUCUUUUGGUGGGACAGGUCCUGAUGGUGUUACUGGUGGUGGUUUCCCUUAUGGAUCUCUCUACUGGCCGACAAGAAGAGGUAGUGAUGCCUAUACUGGUGGACGAAAGGGAGGAGGCACAGUACACAUCAUUUCCAAUGAGCUGAUCAUAGAUGGUACUAUCUCAGCCAGUGGCGCUGAGGGAGGGGCUAGUGGAGGAAGUGUCCUUGUUCAGGCAUAUCUUUUUAUAGGGAGUGGUGAAAUAGACGUGAGUGGAGGAUCUGGGACUGGUGGUGAGGGAGGUGGCUCUGGGGGUCGAAUUGCCAUCUACACCAACAGCACUAAUCAGUUCUAUGGUUUCUACAAUGCUCUUGGUGGAAGUGCUUCAAAUGACCAUCUGCAACCAAGAGGUGGUGGGAGUGGCACUGUGUAUCUUUGGCAACCACAGAAUAGUUCUCCUUUCCAAAUUCUUCUCAUUGACAACCAAAACAGACCACAUUCUCAAUUUGUGAUGCUAGAUGAAGGCAGAACGUAUUAUGAGUUUGAUGAAAUCCACCUUCCGAGGCAGUCCUCUCUUCACAUCAAUGACUCGGUAUCUGCAGAAUUUGUGAUUCACAAAGUUGUGGGAGAUCGAACGGGUCUCCUUCAGUCCCAUGCAGGACACAUAUUUUUUGUGGAAGUUGUAGAGUCUAUACCAACUAUUGGGAAGACACCUGUGAACUUUAUCAUUGACAGCCGAUCAGAAAUGGUAUUUGCUCCUACCCUCCAUGUCCUGGGCCUUGGUGUACCCACAAGUAGUGGACAAUUAGCGUCCUUAGACAUCAAGGGGAGAUUAACGAAUGUGAUGGACUUAAUUGCUAACCAGCACUCUCAUAUACAAUUUGGACAAGAUGCACACACUGCAAAACUGGAAAACGGAGAAUAUGUAGAGAUCACUGAGCCUCUAAGCUUUACGUUUGGUGCUGUACAGCUUCUGACCGAUUCAUCAAUGUACUUUACAGCAGACUUGGGCAUGCGAUUCCUUGUGGCCGAUCUUCAUGCAAGAUAUAAUUCCUUCAUAUCUGCAGAACAUAUUGAGCUAGUUGCCUCCUCUGUCAACAUCGAAAAGGGGGCCAUCUUAACUUGUAGUGCAGAAGACAGACCCGAAGAUCUCAUGUCUUCUAGCUUGGGUCAAGGUGCUCCUGCAUCUUCUAAUGGGGCUGGUGGUGCUGGACAUGCAAAUCUUGGUGGGAAUGCUUGCACAGAAUCUUCAGAAACUCUAGAGAGUGGAGGUGCAUUCUAUGGAAGUAUUUACCAGGGGGAAGAACGUGGUAGCGAUGGCGGUGAUGGAACAAAUAGCGAGGCUGGUGGAAAAGGUGGUGGAUACAUGAAGAUUGAGGUUGGAGAUACAUUGAGGCUUGAUGGUGAGUUGAGAGUUGAUGGCUCUAGUGGUUCCUCUGGGAGCGGAGGUGGGAGUGGAGGGUCUGUACAUCUCUCUGUGACAGAGUUUGAUGGGCUAGGAAGGAUAACAGCUCAUGGUGGGAGCGGUAGUCAAUCAUCUGGUGGAGGUUCUGGUGGUAUCAUCACUGUGUACACCACAUCUGUCAACAACUAUCAAGGCCUGUAUGAGGCACAUGGCGGUGAAGGCAACCCAUCUGAUGAAUCGCAGAGAUGCCAUGGUAGUCCUGGAUCUGUAUUCAUUCACCAUCUCUUUGAAGGUUACCCACGAACAACUCUUCUCAUAGAUAAUCAACAAAAGUCUUGGGUACAUUACUUCACACUCAGAGAAAGCAAUAUGAGGCAUUACUACUUUGAUGAAAUUCAUCUAAAUAACAAAGCAUCACUGCAGCUUUUGGAUAAUGGAAUUCCGCAGACGCUGUCCGCAGCCGAGCUUCUUGGCGACCAAACUGGUUUAAUACAUAUACAUGGUAACCACACCCACACUUACGAUGUCAUCGAGGGAGAGAUAACAAGCAUGAAGCUUCCAGUAAAUCUUAGGAUUGACCCCGAAGGUGUAGCAGAGUUGGCUACCACAGUGGACGUUGUUGGCAUGGGUAGUCCAGCCUUUGAAUGGGACGGACAGCUUCUUGGUGUAAGGCACCUGAGGAUAUCACCAGGCAGGGAAGUACUCAUAGCUGCCAAUGCUCACACUGCUCUAAAGGUAGAUGGCCAGUACAUUCAAUUGGACAAUCCUGGUACCUUCCACUUCUCAAGUCUGGAGUUUGGAUCACAGACGUCCAUCAGUUUUCCACCGCCACUUGGAGUUACCUUUACUGUUGGAUUUUUGGAUAUGAAAUGGGCCUCAGUCUUCAGUGCUGAGUAUUUCAACAUCACAUCUUCAGACUUCAACCUUGAGAUUGAAGCCACCUUAGAUUGCUCUGGACGAGGCCUGGAGAAUGGUAGUCCAGGAAGAGGUCUGAUGCCAGGUUCAGGAGCAGGCCAUGCAACAACAGGAGGAUCAUGUGCAUCUACUGGCUGUGAAGGUGGCUCUGUGUAUGGAUCUCUUUAUGAACCUAUUGAUGCUGGAUCCAGAGGUGGAGCUGACAAUUCAGGAAACCCUGGUCCACGUGGAGGAGGCCACAUCCGUAUCCGGGUGGGACAUAUCUUCCAGUUGGAUGGCAUCUUAGAUGCAGAUGGUCUUCCUGGAUCUAAUCGUGCAGGGGGAGGCAGUGGUGGUGCCGUAUGGAUUACAACAGGUCACUUGAGAGGUCAUGGUCGUGCACAGGCUUCAGGAGGAUUGGGAGACCACUCCUCUGGUGGAGGGGCAGGUGGGCGCAUCGCUGUCCACAUUGCAGGCACCGACGAGUAUAGGGGUGCAUUGGUCGCCCUCGGUGCAGCUGGUGGUGGACAUGGAGGGGAUCAUGGAGGCACUGGCACAGUGUACGUGGAGGAGUACAGGAAUGGGACAGCCAGGACCAGGCUCUAUCUGGAUGGCCAGGGAUUUUCUCCAGCCAAAGAUUUCAUCCUGAUGGAAACCAACCCAAGAAUCCUUUAUGAGGGCCUUUCCAUCCACAGUGGUGCACCUUUCGCUUUUGAUGAAGUCACCUUGCAGGGAGGGGUUAUCUUCAAGCUUUCACCAGAUGAAGAUGUUUCACCGAAGCUCUCAAUCCUUACCAUCCUAGGCGAUGCAAGCGGUCUUCUCCACAUCCAACCCAACCAAACAUUCUUUAUUGAGUACACAUCUGCUGUAAAUAGACGUUCAGUCCCACCUGUUAAUAUACAUGUCAGUCAAGAUUCCACUGUCUACUUGCCAGCUGACUUUAGGAUCAUAGGAGAUGCUAGUCCGCCAUUCUACCUCGAUGGCACCAUGGUUGGGGUUUACAAUCUUACUAUUGGAGGAGGGAAACAGAUGGAGAUAGGAGAACAUGCAACCAAUCGUCAUAUCAGUAAUGGGACCUGGGUUUCAUCAUCUGUAGAAGGCCACAUUCUUGUAGGUCAUCUGGAAAUGGAAGCCCAGUCCAGUUUUGUCAGUCCUACCCAUCUCACAAUGGACGCUGCUUCCAUCAUCAUGCAUUACAAAUCAUACAUCACUGCACAAUCCCUUCAUAUUACCGCCAACGACCUCACCAUUGAAGGAGAAGCACGCCUAGAUGUAUCAGCACGAGAACCUGGACCUGGGCUUGGUCCAGGAACAGAAACGCCUUCAGGCGGAACUGGAGCUGGUCACGGAGGCUUUGGUGGAGGUGCCGAUCAUACUAACUACACACAUGGUGUUGCAUAUGGUUCCUACAUCACCCCGUCUCACCCAGGGAGUCAUGGUGGAGGUAAUAGUGGUGGUACAGGUGGCAGCACGAUCAGACUGGAAGUAGGCAACAAACUCCACGUUGAUGGAUCAAUCCUUGCAGAAGGGGGUAAUGCCGAGGUCUCUUCCACUAGCGGAGGGGGCAGUGGAGGAAGUAUUUGGAUAGAUGCAUUAACAUUCUCAGGACAUGGGACAAUAUCAACUGACGGUGGAAACGGAACAGGAAAUGGAGGCGCUGGUGGCAGGAUUGCCGUGCAUGUCUCUUGGCUGAGGGAAUUCUCUGGUUCAUACAGCUCUCUUGGUGGUUUAGGGAUUGAUGGAGCAAAUGGAGCUUGUGGAACUGUUUACUACACGGACACCAAUCAGGGGUUGAAUUAUAGAAGGGCUAUCACUGGCAGUGAUGAGGAACAGAUUUGGAUAGUAGGUUUUACUAAACUUCAACUAGAUAACCAAAACCGCAACCAUUUGCUCCCUACUGUCAUUGAGGAUGAUCAUGGUACUGGCUACUUCGAGUUUGAUGAGCUAGAGACCAAUAAUCAUGUGACAGUGUGGCUUCAUGAAUCGAAUGCAACACUGGUGGUACAUAAGUUCAUCGGAGAUCGAACAGGCCGUCUUCAUUUGAGAUCUGGUCAGACAAUGUUCAAUGAGUUUGUGGAAUCUGAAAGUGGUAUUUCUGUAGCACCUGUCAGUUUUCUAGUUGAUGUGGGUGCAGAGUUGAUAUGUCCAUCUACGGUUAUAAUGUUGGGAACAAGAACAAUAAUCAAUGGACUUUUGGCUGCUGUGCUUGAUAUCUAUGUUGCUGAAGGAGCUAGUGUAACAUUCUCAUCAACAUCCACAACCGCUCUGUUGAUCAAUGAUACAUAUGAGUCAAUGACAGAGCCAGGAAAUAUCAGUUUUAGCCAAAUGAUCAUCCAAAAGGAUUCCCACAUUGAGUUUCAGGAACUUGAAGCUGACUUCACCCUAACAGCUAGUAAAUUGACCAUCAAGUACCAUGGAUUGGUUGAUAUGAACAGAGGUAAUAUCCACACAGGAGAAGCAGUCAUUGAGAGUGAGGGAUACCUAAACCUUAAUGGAACUGGAUUUGGACCAGAGUCGGGUCCAGGAAAGGGAACAACUACUGUAAAUGGUCGUGGUCUUGGUGGCGGAUUUGGAGGUGCUGGUGGGGGCCCAGAGCCACAGGAAGGUGGUUUGGCAUAUGGUUCACUGUAUGAGCCACUACAGAUGGGGAGUGGUGGUGGAAAUGGUGGUGGAUCUGGAGGAGCAGGUGGAGGGGUUCUGCACUGGAUAAAUGGAAAGACAAUGCAAAUUGAUGGCUUCAUCUACGCAGCAGGGACGCAUGGUAGUGGCUCAAAUGCAGGUGGUGGUAGUGGAGGAGGAAUAUUGAUUGAGGUCACUGACUUUUCUGGUCAUGGUGAGAUCAAUGCUCAGGGAGGCGAUGCUGCAUCGGUAGAAGGAAACUUUGGGCAUGGGUUUGGAGGAUCAGGUGGACGCAUAGCCAUUCAUGCAAGAAAGUCAUUCCUGUUCUCUGGAAACUUCCAAAACGCUGGCGGUAAACGUGGAUCUGAAGGCUUUGGUGCUGCCGGUACUGUAUAUGUUGAAGAAAAUGACAGGGGACCACAAUAUGCUGACAUUAAAACUAGUAAAGGUACAAAUUCAACCUUUAUUGUGGCUGAUCAUCGAUAUGUUGAGGUGGACAACGACAACCAGCAUGUACCAUGGAUUUUCACCAUGCUAUCAGAGGGAAAUUUAGCAGAAUGGGAACUUGAUGAACUGCAUGUUACCAGACAUGCUAAUGUAAGAUUCUACCAUCCGCAAGAUGAGGAAAAUGUGACAGUUGUUAUUCAUAGGUUCCUUGGUGAUAGGACAGGACUUGUGAACAUCCGCCUCAACCAAACAAUAUACUUUGAGUUUGUGGAAUCCCAAAGCAAUGAAACUGUCGCACCAUGCAGUUAUCAAAUAGACGCUGGCAGUGAAAUUGUAUUUCCUACAACUGUAUUCAUCCUAGGUACUAGAUCCUGGUUUGCUGGACUAAUAACAGGUGUUCACCACCUACAUAUUGCAGAUGGAGGAAAUGCAGUAUUCAUGUCAACAGCACACACAGCACUACUUGAAAAUCUGGAAUAUGUGGACAUCACUCCACAGGGGAAUUUCAGCUUUGCAACCUUCACAGUGGAAAGGGAUUCAGAAGGUCACUUCUGGCAGAUAACUCAGCCACUUGGACUCUAUGUUAGUGAAUUCAGAGUGAAAUUUGAAGGACAGCUAUACAUGAAUACGGCUGAGAUAAAAUCUUCCUUUGCAUGGAUUGAGAGUCGAGGAAGGUUCCACAUGGACGAAAGAGGCCAUACUGCAGAAACUGGUCCAGGAGCAGGGUUCACAACACAAGAUGGAUCAGGCACUGGAGGAGGGCAUGGAGGACAAGGAGGAGGACCAUCAACUGAAUAUGGGGGUGUGCCAUAUGAUUCUGUGUACACACCACUAUUUAGCGGUAGUGGGGGUGGUGAUGGUCAAGGAACAGGUGGUACUGGUGGAGGCUAUCUGUAUUGGGAAGUUGCCGAAAAGCUGUCAUUGAAUGGAGAACUAGCACUACGUGGUGGGAAUGGUGUAGGCUCCAAUGCAGGAGGUGGUAGUGGUGGAGGACUGCUGAUAGAGACAACCAAUAUGACAGGCCAUGGUGUGAUUGAUGUGAGGGGAGGAAACGGCACUGGGCAAGGAGGCGGUGGUGCAGGAGGUAGAGUAGGGAUCCACUGCAGGUGGCGCUACCAGUUUGGAGGAAAAUUCAUAGAUCAUGGAGGCCUAGGAGAGGAGGGCAAAGUUUUGAGUCAUGGAGGUGCAGGUGGAACUAUCUACAAAGAAGAGAAUCUGCGCCCUCUGCCAUACCGCAUCCUAAAGAGAGAUAAGGUACACAACAGUACAUACCUUGAUGUUGAUCACAAAUAUGUGCACAGUGACAAUGAUGGGAAUGAUGUUCCUACUGCUGCAAUGUUAAGUGAGGGAGGAACUGUAGUGUACUAUUUUGAUGAGAUGGAACUCACCGGUUCGUCGAGACUCCUAAUCUACCAUCCUGAUAAUGAAACUGAAGUCAACAUAACUGUGCACCUGUUCAUUGGUGAUCGUACUGGGCAGCUGCAUCUGCGAACGAACCAGACAGCAUUUGUUGAGGUAGAAGAGACAGAAACAAACAAGACAGAUGCCCCCUGCAGUUACAUCAUUGAUCCCGGUGCAGUUCUUAUUCUGCCUACGGAAUUCCAUGUCCAUGGAACAAACAGCCUAAUUAAAGGACUCAUCGCAGGAGUACAUCAUCUCUAUGUUGAAGACCAGGCCAGGAUGAUAUUUGAAUCAACAGGAAAUACUGCAUUGUGGAUGCAGAGACAGUUUGUCAGCAUAACCCCAUUGGGAAAUUUUGCAUUUUCGACUAUUACAGUCAAGGAAGGAGGUACAGUGGGGUUCAUGAGGAUCACUUCUCCGUUGAGGUUAGAAUCAAGUGAAAUGAGGGUAAAGUAUGGAGGGCAGCUGUUCAUGAAUGAAGCACAUCUGUUUUCAUCAUAUGCCUGGGUAGAGAGUACUGGAACCUUUCAUCUCGAUGGCGGGGGACAUGAUGCAGAGUCUGGACCAGGAGCUGGUUUUAAUCAGGAUGGUGUUGGAUAUGGUGCAGCACAUGGCGGAGAAGGGGGAGGAGUAGAUGUGUCCCUGGUUUCCCAGCCGUAUGGCUCUAUUUAUUUACCAUUUCAAUCUGGGAGUGGUGGAGGUAGUGGUCAAGGAGCCGGAGGAAAAGGUGGAGGCCUUCUGCGAUGGACUAUUGGACAUUAUCUUGAAUUGAAUGGGUUGCUUUCCCUCAAAGGACUUGAUGGUGGUCAACAUGCAGGUGGUGGAAGUGGGGGCAGUGCUAUCAUUGAAAGCACAAACAUGACUGGCCAUGGUGAGAUCAAUGUGCAGGGAGGCAGUGGGUCUGGUCAAGGAUGUGGUGGAGCUGGUGGCAGGGUAGCCAUACUCUGUAGAUGGAGGUAUACAUAUGGUGGAAAAUUCACUGAUUUUGGAGGUAGUGGGAGCUCAAACCAGAGGGGCGCAGCAGCAGGUACCAUCUACAAGGAAGAGAAUAUGCGUCCAUUGGAAUAUCGUAAGAGCAAGUAUAUCAAAUCCUUGAACACCACUUUGCUUGUUGUGGACCAUACCUAUCUCCACAUUGAUAAUAAUAACAUUGAUGUCCCAGUUUCUACAAUGAUUCGAGAGGACAAUGCAAUAAGUUAUGAAUUAGAUGAACUUGAAGUUACUGGUCUCGCACGGUCAACUGUUUAUCACCCAAGUAAUGAGACAGAAGUCCAAGUCAUUGCACAUCGAUUUAUUGGAGAUAGAACAGGGCAGAUGCAUCUGAGACGAAACCAAACCUUAUUUGCUGAGGUUGUGGAAUCUGAAACAAAUCAUACAGAAGCACCUUGUAGCUUCAGAAUCGAUGAUGGGGCAGAGAUAGUGCUCCCUUCCGAAGUUCAUUUACAUGGAAUACGAACUGAAAUCCAUGGUCGAGUGACUGGCAUCCAUGAUCUAUACAUUGAAGCUGAUGGAUAUGUAAUAGUGACAUCUACUACACAAACUGCUCUCCUUGAAAGACAAGAGUAUGUUUACAUAUCUUCCAAUGGCAACUUCUCAAUUCCUCGCCUGUACAUUAAACAAGGUGGCAACAUUGACUUCCAUCGUGUCAAUGAAGAAAUUCUGGUUGAUGUUGCAUUUCUGGAAAUAAAAUUUGGAGGGCUCUUUGAGAUGAAUAGUGGUUCCAUUUACUCUGACGUUGCAGAUCUGGAGAGUGAAGGCAUUCUAAGUCUGGAUGGAAGAGGGUAUAGCGGGAGCGCAGGACCUGGAGCUGGAGUAACCAUUAGCAGUAGGGGUUCCGGUGCCCACCAUGGUGGAAUUGGUGGAAAUCCAACCAUAGGUGAUAAUGGAUCAUAUGGGUCUGUUUUCAAUCCCACUGAGCUUGGAAGUGGGGGUGGCAGGAGCAGCCGUGGGUCAGGCGGAUCUGGAGGAGGUUCUCUCCGAUGGGUUGUGGGUAAGGUUAUACACAUCAAUGGUCUGGUCUCAGCAGAUGGUUCCACUGGAGAGAUUGAUGCAGGAGGUGGUAGUGGAGGCAGCAUAUUGAUUCAAGCACUGAACAUGACGGGUCAUGGUGAGGUUAGGACCAGUGGGGGUAACGGCUCAAGAUAUGGGGCUGGUGGAGCUGGUGGGAGAAUGGCAAUACACAUUGAUUACCAGAACAACUUUGAUGGGUUAUAUAACUGCAGAGGAGGGUUUUAUGGAGGAAACUCUGAUCCUGAUCACUCAGGAAAUGGAGCAGCUGGGACUAUUUAUAAAUAUGAAUCAAGAAGAGGUCCUCAAUACAGAGACUUAAAAUAUAAUGACCCAGCUCUCAAUAUCUCCACAAUAAAACCAGAACACAGCAAAUUGACAGUAGAUAAUGGGAUAAUAGACGUUGAUCAUCCAGCAGUUGUAAUGGAAGAAGGUCGUCAGUUCUAUGAAUUUGAUGAAGUCCAAGUGGAAGGCUAUUCUUAUGUCCACUUUUAUCACCCAGAAACAGCCCUUGAUAUCACUGUAAUCAUACAUGAGUUGACUGGCAAUAAGAAAGGUCUUAUACGUGUCCAGAGUAGGCAGCGAGUGUUUGUCAACAUUGUAGAGUCAACGCAUACCUACCUUGAUGCUCCUUGUGGAUUCCAUGUGGAUUGGGGUGGUGACCUUGUCCUUCCUACAAAUGUCAUCAUCCUGACUGAGAGGAUUCUAGUUGAAGGACAACUCUCUGGAGUGGAGGAAUUAACUGUUGAGAGAGAUGGAGAACUUCAGUUUGGCGGUAGAGCCUUUACCUCUCUCCUUCCACCCAGCUCAGAAUGGUACAUCGAUGUGCCCUAUGACACUUCCAGAAAUGGCACUAUUGAUAUUGGCACCAUUCUCGUCAACAAUCGGGGUAUUAUUCGGCUUGCAUCUUCUGCUGCUGAACCAGUAAUAGAUGCUGGUGUCCUGAGGGUGAAGAAAGGUGGAUCUGUAGUUGCUGAAUGUGAGAAGAUCAGUGUCAAUGCUGGGGAGCUGGUGAUCGAGUAUGUAGGCAUCCUGUCCUCCGUAGGGUCUGGGAUGGGUCCUGGUGCUGGGAGUAGCUAUGGCGGUGCAGGACAUGGCUCACCAGGUGGUAAUAAUGGUGGCGGAUCAGCAUAUGGUGAUUUGUUCAACCCCAGUUUGCCCGGGAGUAGGGGAAGUGGGGUGAGCAAAGGAGGUGGCGUUAUCCUUCUAAACAUUGGUGGGAAAAUGAUCUGUGAUGGCACUAUAUCUGUUAAUGCCCAUGACCCUACUGCUACUUAUAAAAGUGGGGGAAGUGGUGGAAGUCUGCUAAUCAAGUCUAAUACCUUGCGAGGUCAUGGAGAGAUCGUUGCAAAUGGUGCAAGUGGAGACAGUGGAUCAUCAACCCGAUAUGGGGGUGGAAGCGGAGGACGUAUGGCUUUAUGCAUCAAUGAGCCUUACAGGUUUCAAGGCACUGUUCAAGCCCUUGGUGGUGCAGGGUCACACACUGGAGUUUCUGGAGGGCCAGGUACUGUCUACAGGCAGUAUGAGCAGGAUGGCCACACAUGGAAGGAGCUGGUGUUAGAUGGCAGUGAUCACUCACUGAGUGCAAAUACAGUGACACUUGCUGGAGCUGUUCACUAUGAGUUUGACGCUGUUAUUCUCCUACGAGGGGCAAAGUUAGACAUUAAGGGGUCAGAACGGUCCAUAGGCUAUGGAACUAUACAUUUCCUAAAGGGUGAUGGGACAGGAGAAUUGAUUGUAAAAGAUCAUACCGAGAUACAGCUUUCUCCUGCUGUCGGCAGAUCAAGACCGACCGAAGGCAUAUCCAUACAACCGAGAGGAAUCUUCAUUGUGCCAAGUAUCCUUGAAGUUCCUGAUACUCUCUCAAUACAGGGUGGUAUAUUCGGAUUACAAGAGCUUGUUGUCUCUGGAACCAUUCACAUACACAACUCUGGCUAUUCAGUUUGCUCAAACUGCUCACUGGCCUCAACAGAGCUGGGUCAAUACCGUCUUACCAGUAUCCAUGUGCGUAAUACUGGAAUCUUUCAUGUCAGGAGCAGCACCUACAGCACUUGGGAUGAAAGCGGGGUUCGUCUGUUUCUUACUGGGAUUCUAGAAGUGGAAUACGGAGGAGUUGCACGUGUAGAGAAGAGUAUUGCAGGAUAUACCAAAUGCCUUAAAGUGGAACUGUCCGGAAGUGUUGAUGGAUCAGGGUUAGGCUACCUGCAAGAAAGUGGCCCUGGGCGAGGUUACAGAUGCAGCUAUGCUGGCAGUGGAGCUGGGCAUGGCGGUAUGGGGAAUAGGAUAGGAUGUGUUCAUGGCAGUGAGACAUAUGGUGAAGCUUGCCUGCCAGUCAAUUCAGGAAGUGGAGGUGGUUCAGGAUGCACUGGCAGUCAUGUCGGUGGAAGUGGUGGAGCUGCUGUCAAAUUCAUCUCAAUUCUGUCUCAUGUAGAAGGUGAUAUAAGAAUGGAUGGAAAUAAUGGAGCAUAUUCAUCUGGAGGUGGCAGUGGGGGGUCUAUCUGGCUUGAUAGUGAUGUCAUUGAAGGAUGGGGUGUUCUGUCGGCUUCAGGUGGGAGUGCAUCUUCAGCAUGGUGUUAUCAAUAUACAAGAUAUGGUGGUGGAGGAGGAGGGGGCCGUAUAAGGACAUUUUCCCCAGGCCCAUAUCCCAUUUUGUCUGGAAGACGUGUGGUGGAUGGACCAAAUGCCGGCUCUGGAACGCUCUGCACGGAUCCUUUGCUUUGCAAUUGCCCAAUCUCUUCUCUGUGCAGUAAUCAUGGUACAUGGAACACAACAACAGAGGAAUGUACCUGUGGAGAUGGAUAUGUUGGUACCUGGUGCCAGGUACCAUGUUCAUCAAGCUUGACCUGCAAUGGGCAUGGUCUAUGUACUGAUUCUGGUGACUGCAUCUGUGAAGUGGGAUAUGUUGGAUAUCAAUGUGAGCAUGAAUGCACCAGAAAUGACACCUGUAACGGACAUGGUGAAUGCUCAGUAUUCGGGGAAUGCCUAUGUCAGGAUUGUUUUCAUGGUGAAGAUUGCUCACAAGAAUGCAGUGAUGCUGGAACAUGUUCUCUCCUGGGUACUUGCGAUUGCAAUAGCUGCCAUGUUGGGGAAUACUGUGAAACUGUUUGCUCGGACCAUGGAUCUUGUGAAAAUGGGGUUUGUUCGUGUGAUGAUGGUUGGAGCGGUGAGCACUGCUCCAUCGCUGGAUGUCCAGGUGACAAUAAUUGUUGUGGAAAUGGAGUUUGCAAUUCUGCAAUUCAUCAGUGUUAUUGCGAUCCUGGAUGGUGGGGUAGUGACUGCUGCUCUCCAGACUGCCCAGGAGAUCCAGAUUGCAACAGUAAUGGAAACUGCACAGCUCUGAGUAAUCCCCCACAAUGUACAUGCUUCCAUGGCUGGAUGGGUCUCGCGUGUGAACAUGAAUGCCUCCAUGGGAGUGUGGUUGUUCUAAAUGGAGAUUACACAUGCGAGUGUGAUCCCUGCUGGGUAGGUUCGGGAUGCAAUGUCUUGUGUUCAGGUUUUGGCUUGUGCAAUGAUACUACAGAAAUAUGUCAAUGUGAUCCUCUAUCUGGGUGGAGAGGUGAUCUCUGUGAGGUCCCUGGGUGUCCUGGAAUUGGAGAAGAUUGCUCUGGACAUGGUGAUUGCAAUAGUGCAAUUCAUGAAUGUACCUGUGAUCCUGGCUGGUCUGGCGUUGGCUGCCACAUACCUGACUGCCCUGGUGAACCAGACUGCUAUGAACGAGGCUUCUGCAAUGCAACAUUCAAUCCGCCUGAAUGCAGAAACUGCUCCACUGGGUUUAUGGGACAUGAUUGCAAUGAACGUUGCAUCAAUGGUCAGCAGCAACCCAUGGACAGUGGGAUAUGUGUUUGUGAACCAGGAUGGGUAGGCACGAGUUGUGAUUCAGAAUGCUCUGGUCAUGGUUCAAUCAUUGAUGGAGAGUGUGUAUGUGAUGAAGUCUGGCGCGGAAUAUUCUGUGACUACCCUGGUUGUCCAGGUGAUGGUAUUGAUUGUAGUGGCCAUGGAGAAUGUGACAGCUCACAACAUGUCUGUACUUGUGAUCCUGGCUGGAUUGAAGAUGGCUGCAACAUUGCUGAUUGCCCUGGAGAACCAGACUGCAAUGGUAAAGGUACCUGCAACAGCACAUUUGAUCCACCAAGGUGUCUUGACUGUCAGCCAGGCUUUAUGGGACUUUCCUGUGAAGACCCCUGUGUCCACGGAACUCAAGAUCCUCCAAACAGUGGCAUUUGCCAGUGUGACUCACUCUAUACUGGCAUUGGAUGUGAUGCAGAAUGUUCUUUACAUGGAAGAAUUGUUGGUGAUCAAUGCCUGUGUGAUCCUACAUGGUGGGGAACUCUUUGCGAUGAACCAGGCUGUUACGGCAAUGGCUCAUCCUGCACAGAUAGGGGUGAAUGCAAUGCAGCUUCUCAUAUUUGUAGCUGUGUGAGUGGAUACAGAGGAGAUGGCUGUGAAUAUCUGGACUGUCCUGGAGAUCCUGAUUGCUUUGGACGUGGUGAAUGCAGUGAUAACUUUGAAACGCCACUUUGUAUUAACUGCCAUUGGCCUUACAUAGGAAGGGAUUGCAACCAACUUUGUCAAAAUGGCACUGAAGAACCAGUCAACAGUGGAAACUGCAUAUGCGAUGCCUGUUUUGCAGGUAUGGGAUGUAAUGCUGAGUGUUCUGGAAACGGCCAAUGCCUCACCAACCCUGAGAGUGGGCUUCUCCAAUGCUCUUGCAUCACAAGAUGGCGAGGAGAUCUAUGUAAUGUGCCAGGCUGUCCUGGUGAUGGGGAAGACUGUACUGGACAUGGAGACUGUAAUACAGGUGUUGGGCAGUGUUUCUGCUACCCAGGGUGGAUUGGAGAGGGAUGUGAUGUGCCAGACUGUCCAGGAGAACCUGAUUGUAAUGGACAUGGCGAAUGUGCAGUAUCAUCCGAUUCUCAACCAAUCUGCAUUUGUGAAAAUGGCUUCUUUGGAAGUGAUUGUGAUUUCUUUUGCAUGGAAGGUGAGGUGCAGGAUGGGCACACUUGCAAAUGUGACAGAUGCUAUACUGGAUUUGAGUGUAACGUUGAGUGCUCUGGCAAUGGAAUUUGUAGAUCUGGCGAAUGCGAUUGCUCCAGCAAUGAAAUUCAGUCUAUUCUUGGAGUUCAGUCUUUUCUGGGACCACUGUGUGAGUUUAGAGGAUGCCCUGGAGAUGAUGGUUCCUGCAAUGGUCAGGGAUCCUGUAACAUUGACAGCCAAGAAUGCACCUGUUACCCGGGCUGGAGUGGAGAGGACUGCAAUGAGCCGGAUUGCCCAGGAGUUCCCAGCUGCUCUGGAAACGGUGUGUGUGAGAAUAGACAGCCAAGGCGAUGUUCCUGCGAUGAAGAAUGGACCGGUGAAGCUUGUAGCACCUCCUGUGUCCAUGGCAAGAAUAUUGAUGGAUCACGAUGUGUCUGUGACCCAUGCUAUACAGGGCUUGGCUGCACAGAGAUAUGCAGUGGCAAUGGCCAGUGUAAUGAUGGAACUUGCAUAUGUGACUUCAAGAGUGGUUUCCGAGGUGACCACUGUCAGAUAAAUGGCUGUCCAGGAAAUAUGACAGAUUGUAGUGGUCAUGGAUCAUGUAAUACUGGAAGCUGGGAGUGUCUCUGUGAUCCUGGUUGGCAAGAUAUUGGAUGCCAAACUCCAGAUUGUCCAGGAACUCCAGAUUGUUCUGGACAUGGUGAUUGUCCUUUACCUGCAUCUGAGGAGAAUCCUAUUUGCCAUUGUGAGGAUACUUACAUGGGGCAUGCUUGUGAGUUCAGAUGCUUCCAUGGACAACCCUCUUUGCUUAACAUGACAUGGGUCUGUGAAUGUGAAGCAUGUUACAGUGGCCUGGAUUGCGGUUCUUUGUGCAACAAUCAAAGCGAUGUAUGUGAUAAUGGGAUUUGUGAUUGUGGAUUUGACGGAUGGAGGGGAGACGUCUGUGACAGGCAGGGCUGCCCAGGAGAAGGAACAGACUGUAGCAACCAUGGACAAUGCAAUCUUGCUGAUCGCUCCUGUUCGUGCAACCCUGGUUGGACAGGAAUAGGAUGCCACAUCCCAGACUGUCCUGGAGAACCUUAUGACUGCAAUGGCCGUGGUGUCUGUCAUCCCGAGGAUCCCUUUCCUCGUUGCAUCAACUGCAGUGCUGGUUGGAUGGGAGCUGCAUGUGAGGUUCCUUGUGUGAAUGGAACCCAAAACCCACCUAAUUCAGGCAUCUGUGAUUGCCAGCCUUGCUUUCAUGGAAUAAGCUGUGACAGCCGUUGCUCUGGUAUUGGUGUGUGCUCCAGUAAUGGUACCUGUGACUGCACUUAUGCUGCUGGGAAGGGAGCAUUCUGUGAAAUCCCAGGCUGUCCUGGAGUAUUUGAACUUGAUUGCUCUGGAAGAGGAUCAUGUCUCGAAGGAGAGUGUUUGUGCAACCAGGGUUGGACUGGUGUUGGUUGCGAGAUAGCAGACUGUCCUGGAGAUCCUGACUGUAACGAUAGAGGAGUUUGCUUCUCUGAGCUCGAUGUCCCUGAAUGUCGUAGCUGUGCUACAGGAUGGAUGGGCGAGGCUUGUGAGGUACCAUGUGGUCCAGACCAUGGCAUCCAGUUUCCAAUGGACAGAGGAGUCUGUAAGUGUACAGACCCUUGCUGGCAUGGAGUUAGCUGUCAUGACCUUUGUAGUGGUCAAGGAUUCUGUACCCAGGACGGAAACAGCCAGUGUGAAUGCCAACCUAGCUAUUGGGGAGAGUUCUGUGAAAUAGCAAGUUGCCAUGGCGAUGGCCGCCCAUGCACGGGGCAUGGCGUUUGUCAACCAGACAGAACGUGCAUGUGUGAGAGCAGCUGGUUAGGACAAGGAUGUGAAAUCCCUGUCUGCAUCAACGACUGCAACGGAUACGGCUUCUGCGAUGGCUCCAGUGGCAUUCCAGUGUGCCAGUGCGAUGAGAACCACUUUGGAGUGGAUUGUGGGUAUGACUGUGUGAAUGGUACUGUCUUCAAUGAAACCUGUGUAUGCGAUCCAUGUUCCUCCGGCCCAUUCUGUGAUCAGGAAUGUGCUGGUCAUGGCAGAUGUAUGGAUGACACAUGUCAUUGUGAUCAGGCAUGGUGGGGUACUGAUUGCAGUUACCGUGGCUGUCCAGGUGAUGGAACCAACUGCACUGGACAUGGCUACUGCGAUGCUCUUCAUCAACAAUGCAGCUGUAUGUUAGGAUGGAAGGACCAAGGCUGUAACGUUCCGGAUUGUGAUGGAGAACCUGACUGUGGAGGAAGGGGUUACUGCAAUGGAUCUUAUGACCCAUUACCGCAAUGUGAUUGCUUCAAUGGAUGGAUAGGAGAAGCUUGUGAUGUCCCAUGCAUCAAUGGAACUCAAGACCCAUUAGACCCUAACCGUUGCAUCUGUCACCAAUGCUUUGGUGGGUUGAGCUGUGAUGUGGAAUGCAACAACAGAGGGAGCUGUUCGGAGAGUGAAGGCUGUGCCUGUGACCCAUUCUUCAAGGGGGAGCUUUGCGAGGAGUUUGAUUGUCCAGGGGAACCAGAUUGCUCGGAUCGAGGUUCAUGCCUCUUCAGACAUGGAGAAGCAUUCUGUCUCUGUGAUCCUGGAUUCACAUCAGAAAACUGUAGUGAACUGGUGUGUCCUGGACAGCCUCAGUGCUCAGGCUUCGGAACUUGUACAUUGAUAGAUGAUACGCCCCUUUGUAUAUGUCAACAUGGCUUUGAUGGCGAUGCUUGUCAGACCUGCCGCCCUCGGUUUACCGGAGACACCUGCGAUAGUUGCAUUGAAGGAUACAUCGGUUACAACACCAGCUGCAGUAUCUACUGUCUUCAUGGCUAUGCUUCCGAGCCUGGAGGAGACGAAUGUCAGUGCUAUGACGAUGAUGAACAUGGCCACUGGAGUGGACAGAGCUGUCUCCAGUGCAAGAAUGGAUUUGCUUUGCCAGACUGCCAACAGUGUGAAAGAAACUUUGUUGGAGAUUGUAGCAUCAGUUGUAUAGAAGGCCAAGGUACCUACUCUGACCCUAUGGAUGGGUCAGGAGGAAAGGGAGCCCUUCAACCAUUCUUGCAGUGCCUUACGCCCAAGAACGAAACGUCAGAUGGAAUUGCUUGGUUUGGUUACAGGAACCUGAAUACCCACAAUGUGUACCUUCCCAUUGGUCCCGCCAAUCACUUUGAUUUUGAUGAUUAUGGUGGUCAACCCACCAAGUUCAAACCAGGUCUCCACUACAGCACCGUGCGAAUUACGUUCAAUGACAAGGCAUCAGCAACAUGGUUCCUGUCUUAUAGUCCUUCAAACAGUCAAUUCAGAGAGACUGCUUCAGAGGCCAACAGUACUGUCCGUCUCUGUACAUCACGGGAUGAAGAGAUAGCCCUUGAGAAUCAGUUGGAAGCAGCCAAUGACAGUCACUGCAUUUGCAACCAUGGGUAUUGGGGCCCAGCUUGCCAGAAUGAGUGCAUUGGGGGAUCAGACAAUCCUUGCUUUGGUAAUGGCAUCUGCAAUUCAACCUCCGGGCUGUGUCAUUGUGAAGAUUCUGUGGAUCAAAUGUCAGCUAACUGUACCUUGUGUUCAGACGGGAGAUUUGGAAUAGAUUGCUCUGUGGCAUCAAGUAGCCGGAUAGAAGAUGCGAAUGGGAUGCGGUAUGCAGCUGCAUAUGGCCCAGGGCACUUCACAACAUUUGAUGGAUCGUCUUAUACUUACCGAGGAGAGGGAGAGCAUUACUUGAUAAACAGUUCCAUAGAGCUACAAGUUAGACUUGUGCCAUGUAGACAAGGGAACCCAGCAACUUGUAUCAACGCAGUGGCAUUCUCUGCAGGAAAUGGAAGAAUCGUUGCCAUCCAUGGUGGUUACACAGAUAAUGAUGUCCAGUUCGUUACUUGGAUUGAUGGAGAAGAGCAAAGUAUCGACUCGGACCUGCUUGGCAAUGGCUUUUUGAUCACCCGCCUUUCUUAUGACCAUUUCUUGAUUUCGAAAGAUGAUUUCAUGGACAUCAGUGUAUACAUCAGAGGGCGCUAUAUCAGUAUAUUUGUCAAAACCACUGGUGCUGCAUGUAGCGAACUGCAUGGACUCCUUAGUUUAUGCAAUGGAAAUCCAUAUGAUGACUUUGUUCUAUCUGAUGGAAACCACCUUUAUUUAGACAGGACCAGUUCAUAUUCCUUGAGUCAAGACAGCAUUCAUCGUAUAUUCGGACCCUCUUGGAAAGUUAGAGAUUCUUCACUUCUGUCAUCAAUCUACUUUCAUGGCAAUUAUCAAGAAGUUUACGAUAUUGAGGGUUCAGAUGCUGGAUAUGCCAUGUUUUUUGAGGAUUCCUCCCUGAUUUCAACCUCCCCUCUCAAUUCAUUUACAGGACCUGAUGUCACAUUUGAACUGGAUUUGAAGCUUUUUGAAGUGUCUCAAGAGUGCAAGGCUGUUUUCUCCUACUAUCUGUCGGAUACAUCAGGACUGCUGUUGUGUGAUGGUUACCUUACAAUUUCAGUGGAAACCAGUCAAGUUGCUACUUUUAAUAUCAAGCUUGAGGUUGAUACAUGGUAUCAGAUAUCUAUUCUUUGGCUUCAGUCUGUUAGAAGGCUUCAGGUGUAUGCCAUAUCAGACUCCACUUUCCAAUCUGAUGUUUUUGUUGUUGAUGGAAGCCUAUCCAACUUCCUUGAUCCCGGUGGCAUCUUGGUGUUUGGUCAAUGGCAGCUGCCAUCAGGUUACUCCGGGCCAUUUCUGUACAGAGGCUUCUCAGGUUGGCUCGAUGAAAUUAAGAUCUGGAACUCUUACUACUUUGAGAAUGAUGUGAGAUCACAUUAUGGUGUUACUGCUGAUAUGUCAGAUUCUGCUCUAUCUAGUUACUUUAUGCUGAACGAAGGUCAAGGGUCAGUGAUUAAGGAUUCAAAGUCUAUCAUUACGUUAAUGAUACUUCCAGAAAUAUGGAAUCCCCCAAGGUGGCAGUUCUCCUCUGCUACUGUACAUAGAUCUGCUGUGGCAACAUUAAGAAAUAUUUAUUAUCCUUCUUGGUCUAAUCAAUUAGCCCAUGACGAAGCAGCAGUCUUGUGCUCUAGGAUAAUAAAUAAUACUCCUACAUCACCAUUUAGUGAUUGUUCAGAUCUAGAGAUGGUAGAAUACUAUGCAUAUCUUUGUUCCGCAGAUGCUGCACUAUAUGAUACAUCAUCAUAUUCUAUGGAAGUUAUCCUUGCAUACUCCCAACAUUGCGGAUCUAUUCUCAACUUAACGCAGUCUCCUGAACAGUCAUAUUGCAAUGACUUUCCAGGGAGACGCUUUCCUGAUUGGACAGGUCCUGGAUGCAAUGUUCCAUGUAAGUCUGGAGUUGGUCCCAGCUCGUGUUCCUGCUAUAGUGGAUAUUGGGGUGAAGCAUGCGAGCACAGCUGUCUAGGAGGUGAUGGAUCUCUUGCUUGUGGUGGUGUGGGUGUUUGUCUAUCAGAUAAUGGUACGUGUGACUGCCCUCCAUCCUUUGAUUCAUCCUCGGAUUGUUCCUCAUGCACUCCUGGAUGGUCUGGGCUGGAUUGCUCUGUGGCUACUGUCAAUAGUACAAACAUACUCCAGCCUGUUUGUGCAAUGUUUGGCUUUGGGCAUAUAAUAACCUUUGAUGGACUUUCAUUGUCACUAGAUAUUCCUGGUGAAUACCAAUUAGCCAGUGUUGGAGACAUUGAUGUCUAUAUCAGACACACACCAUCUCCAUGGUUUGACCUAUCAUGCAGCAUAACCUCAGUUUGGUUGCAGCUCUCAGACACCAGCUUAACCUUUCAGGCUUCUUUGUCAGAUGAAGGUUCUGUGAUGGUGUAUUUGGAUGAUGAUCCCUUAACUCCAUCUGUAGACAUAACACUUCCGUCUGGUCACAUCCUCCUGAUAUCCCAUGAUGGCUAUAUAGUACAUGAUAACCAGACUACUGUGGCUAUCAUCAGUCAUCUGACGUAUUUUGACAUCCAGGUGACCACACGAUUUGAGAUUUGCAGGAACUCAUCUGGACCCUUGAUCAGUGGAAACUGUGACAGUGACCCAUCCAAUGACCUUCGCAUCAGUAAGGAUGAAUUCAUAGAUCCAGUAGAUAUAACUUAUGAGAAGGUCAAUGGGCCUUGGGCGAAAUACAUCAGACUAGCUCCAGAAAGUUCAACCAAGUUUGUCUACCACCAUCCUAAUCGUAUAGAUGCACAAGAUUUGACUCCAGGCGGUUAUGGCUUAUACUUCAAUGACUCGAGCUGCAUUAGCGAUCAACUUCAGGAUGAUAUUUUCAGUGGAGAACAAGACAUGACUGUUGAACUCCUCUUCUUUCCAUUUGGUAAUACCUCUGGCUGCUUAUUUUCCUAUCUCAAUGGAAACUCUUUCUUUGCUUUAACUAUCGAUGUAACUCUUCAAAUCUAUGUCUCUACUUUGAACAUUGACACAGGAAUUAUGAUUCACCCAGAUCAUUGGAACUUUUUAUCCUUUGCUUAUCACAGAGAGAGUGGAGGAUGUACAAUUGUUUACAUAGGUAAUGACACUAUAAGUGGAUGGUCAUUUGUUGUAGGAAGGGGAUACUUCUUGCCAGGAGGCAGUGUAGCAGUAGGUACCUGGCAAAGUUUAGAUUAUGAAUAUCCUUAUGAAACUGGAUUUCAUGGUUACAUAGAUGAAUUACGUAUUUGGAAGAGAACAUUUGAUAUCACAACAACGUGGAGUAAUACAAAUCUUAACCUUCAGGCUGGUGUUCCUGGGCUUGUUGUUCUGUGGAAGUUUAAUGAAGGGAAUGGAGUAAAAGCAGUAGACAUUGUAAGCUUCAUCCAACUCCAGUUUUCAAGUGAUAGAGGACCUUUCUUUGCUCUAUGUGGUGCACCAAUAGAUUCAAUUCCAAAAUCAUUUCACUACUUUGAAGUUUACGACAGAUACCCAAGUUCAGAGUCAAGAAAAGAAGCAUUAGACAUUUGUGCUGAGGUAGUUUUAGAUGAAUACUUGAUUGAUGCAUGCAGUCAUUUGGGUAGAUCUGUUUCUUUGUUUUUCCUGCAGAAUUGUUUCUAUGACUCCUCACAUAUGUCAAAUAAUCAAGUUGCAUAUGUGAAUGCUCGUAUCUACUCGGCUUACUGUGGAUCAGUUCUCGAUCUUGAAGCGUCACCAAAGACGGAAUUAUGCGACAAUGCUCGUGGAAACCCAGAUGUUUUCCUUGCGCUUGGAUGCACUGAUAUCGGUUCUUGCAAGUUUGGGUAUUUUGAUGUUGCUACAGCAGAGUGUGUUUGCCUAGAAGGCUACUGGGGUUCAUACUGUUCAAAUAUCUGUCCUGGUGGACAUGAAACCCCAUGUAACAGGAAAGGAUACUGUGAUAAAUACACAGGAGUCUGUCAUUGUCCAUUGACAUGGUCAUCAGAAAGUAACUGUACACAAUGUGAAAUUGCAUGGUCUGGGGAAAACUGUGAUGUUGCACUGCCUGUGCCAGAUAUUGAAACUAACAAUAAAACCUGUGGUCUUUUUGGCCAGGGUCACGUCUUGAACUUUGAUGGUGCAUAUUUUGAUUUUAAGGAGUUUGGGGAGUAUGUGCUGCUGUAUGACAAAGAUUCUUCUUUCUCUGUUCAAGCACGAAUCCUUCCUUGCUACAAUUUUUCAUCAUGUGUCACGGCAGUAGCUGUGUCCAAUAACUCGCAUACAUUCAUUAUUCGGUCAGGAUAUACAUCUCAAAGCAAACCACUCUUCUGGUUUGCUGGAAAGCAGAUAGAGCUGAAUCAUUUGGAAGAAACUGUUGGACAUGUUGUUGUGAGACAUAUGUCAAAUUUUGAAUACCACUUGAUAGCUAUUGACCAAACCUGGACAGCCCAGAUACGUAUCAUUGACCGUUAUCUCAACAUAAUAAUGAAUAUGGCAAGAGAAUGUACCUCAUUAUCAGGUAUCUGUGGGUCUUGUGAUAACAAUGUAACAAAUGACAUCUUCCCAGUCCAUGAAGGAAAGCUGCUCUGGCAGAAUCGUGGAAGUUCGUUGUUUUCGCCCAUGUUUGAGUCACAUUCAUACAAUGAAUUAGAAGUCAGUUUUGGAAGUGGUUAUACUUUAACCUUUGAUGACACUUUCCUUCAGUCAGAAAACCUGGAUCUUGAUGUACAGGGGUCAGUGUCAUUUGAGCUAUACUUUCGAACCGAAACUAACCAUGGUGUUCUAAUAUCCUUUGGAGCAAGACAGACCUUCUCCAUGUACCUAGAUACGACACUACAGAUUAUUGUUGGCACAGCUCAUUUUGAUACAAAUGUUGUUCCUUUCAUCGACUGGAACCAUCUUGUUUUGGUAAUUAAGCCUUCCGAUCAACAAGAUGUAUUUUCACUAAGAUUGGCAUUAAUUGAUUCUGAUGGUCUCACCAAAACUUGGGAAAUAACCAUCACUGAAAAUAUCUUUUUCUCAAGCUUCUAUGUUGUCUUUGGUCAAUGGCUGCCAGGUGAGGAUACUUACAUUCCAUCCCCUGUAUCUCGUCCAUUCCGUGGUUCCAUUGACGAGUUUUGCAUCUGGAAGAAGGAGCUUUUGGUAACAGAGGUCCUUGCAAAAUUGGGCAGCAGUGUACUUCCUGGCCCAGCUGACCUUGUGGCUCUCUGGAAGUUUGAUGAGGGUCAAGGUAACACGGCAACAGAUUUGGUUAACCAAAAACAGUUCAUAAUAAGGCAGUACUCAUGGAAUGUAAGAACACCCAUAUGGCAGUUUUCAUCAGCACCUAUCAGCUUGUACUCUCCAACAUAUAUUUUGCAUAAUCCUUAUGAAUGGUCUCAGUCCUGUGUGGAAUUGUUCGCAGCGAUCAGUUCCACUUGUCAUUCCAUCUCAGGUCAGAUAGAUGUUUAUCUAGUUGCAUGUGCAAGGGACUAUGCUUUGUCCAAUUCUGAGUAUGCAAGACUUGGGGUAGUCCUUUCGUAUGCAGACGUAUGCCAUCAGAAUUCAGAAUCUACACUGAGUUGGCCUGCACAGGAUCUUUGCAAUUCGUUUGAUGUUUAUUUCCCUCUUUGGUAUGGACCAUCUUGUGAAUCAAAGUGUUACUUCUCAUUAGACACUGAUUCACCAAUAUCAAACUGCACAUGUUCUCCAGGAACUUGGGGAAUUGAAUGUGAUUCAGCCUGUGUAGGAGGUGUGGGGUCACAUUGCAAUGGCCAUGGUAUAUGUUCUGAUGCUAGCGGAUCUUGUCAAUGUGAGUCUAACUGGAUGGGUAGCAAUUGCGAUGUGUGUAGUCCAGGAUGGUUCGGAAGUGACUGUUCCCUAACUGCCAGUAGAACCCCUGACAUACCUCUGUCAAGGUGCUCCAUGUACAUCAAUGGACAUAUCACUAUGUUUGAUGGUUCUGUCUUUGAAAUUUCAGAUACCAGUGAUAUGGUUUUCUUCUCUUCCUCAGAUAUUGAGAUUCAAAUAAGGCAGAUUCCUUGCAACGGUUUGCCAUCAUGCAUCACAGCAGUAUCUUUUGCCACUGGCACAAGUCACAUGCUUUUAUCUGCCCCUCAUUCACAACAAUCGGAUCCAGUCAUCUUGCUGAACAAUGUCACACUGCCAUUGGAAACUGAGCUAUUUUUGGGAUCUACUGGCUUUUCUCUUAUCAGGGUUGCGGUUGGUCACUUUGAAAUAAAUGGACCAAAUAACUUUAAGUUCAAGAUAAUAAGUCCUGGAGCUUACUUCAAUUUAGAGGUUUUACAAACAGAUUGCAUCUUCUCUUCUGGACUUUGUGGUCCCUGUCAAGUAAUGGCCACAUCAUGUAGUGAUUCUCAAGCUCUGUGUGCAAUCAAUAAUCUCGGCUUUGUUGUUUACGCAUCACUCUACCCAUUAAGCUUUUCAUUAACACAACAAUAUGGUGAUAGCUAUGUGAGAUAUGGACCUUCAAGUUUAAUAUACACACAGCUGUUGGCAGCAUCUCAAGCUACCUAUAUCCCAGUCUUUGGGAGCCCUUCAGGUUAUGCCUUACAGUUCUAUGAAGAAGGAAUCAUGAGUGAUCCACUACCAAGUUUUUUCUCUGCUGGACGAACCACCACACUUCAAUGGUAUUGCAAAUUCACAGAUAUUCCUGGGGGUACCUUGUUUUCUGCUUCAGAGAGCACGUCAUUAGCGGUAAUAGUAGGAGAUGAUGGUAACUUCUGGAUUCAUGCAGGAUUCGAUUUCCAAACAACAGGCAUCAUUGCUCCACAGAAUGACUGGUUAUUUAUCAUGUUAUCAUACUCCUCGGAUGAUGGACAGAUUGUCUUCUAUUGCGUCAAGUCAUCUGGUGCAGUGUAUAAAGCUUCAUUGAACUUUUCCUUCAGAGUACAGUUUAUUAGCCCUGGAGCUGUCCUUGGUAUUGGGUCUUGGGUAUUACCAUCCACUGGUUCAGUGCCUUUGCCAAGAUUGCAAUUUCAUGGAAUGAUUGACAAUGUCAUAAUAACAAAAGACAGCUUUGUGACUUUGAAUGAAGUACUGGUAGCCUGGAAACAGCAGUUUUCCCCAGGUGAUCCUUCUGUUGUUCUUUAUUUGACCUUUGAUAAGGGUACUGGAGCUAAAUUCUAUGAUGCUGCAUCUAGUAUUCCAUGGAAUAUUCCACAGAGUUUACAUAGGAAACCUUCCUGGGUUGUUAGUGAUCUGCCGAUCGUUCCCCAACCUGGGAGGGAGAUCUUCACCCUCCAAGUUAGCUUCUCAGAUGAAACCUUAGAGAAGGAUGCCCUUGCAAUAUGUAGGGAACAAAUUUAUGAUGGUCCUGUUGAUCAGGCAUGCGGCAGCUUAAGCGAAUCAGCGCAAUACCACUAUCAAGCAUGCUUGAGCAUAAUUGCCUCUUCUGGAAGGCCUCGACUCUCACUGGAUAGUACUCUGGAUUUUUCAAGUGGUUGUCAAGAAGUCCUACAUCUCCCUUCUUCACCUGCUCAACAGCUGUGCAAUGCAUUCACUGAUACAUUUUCUUGGCCAUAUGCUGGAAGUACCUGCAGUGAGCGAUGUGUCUUUGGAUACUUCACAGACCACUGCAUAUGUGACCUAGGCUACUACGGAGCUCAGUGUGAUCAGACCUGCCCCGGAGGACCCAACAACCCCUGCAACGCUCAUGGCUCUUGCAAUCCUUUGACAGGUCACUGCAUGUGUGAACCCAACUGGGAGAGUGGAACUAACUGUACAACAUGCUCAGAAGGUUAUGUUGGAGAAGAUUGCUCAAUAGGCAUAGUUCUCCAACACCCUACCACAACAUCCAUAUCUGUUGUCUGGCCUGACACAAUAACUACUUAUGGUGGACUUCAGGUGCCAUUGAUGUCAUUUGGUAUCUUCAUCAUAUCUGAUGCUACUGCUCCAGGAUUUCGUUUCUACUGUCAUGUGAACCUUAUUCCAUCUCCUCAAGGAUUUGUGAUUCUCAUUAUCACCUUCGGCCACAAUGAUGUGCGAGUGCGAUUUCAUCUCGAUAGAAGAACACAGCAAGUGAAUACAGUGGUAGGGGGUUUCCACACACAGAUUGAUGAUGUCAUUACUAGAACCGAUAGCCAUGGCAAUACUAUCACCAUCAAUCAUCCGUCACCAGAUCACUAUGAGGUUGAGUGUUCGACUGGUUUGACACUGAUGGUGAUGGUCUUAGAUGGCACACUUGGUGCAGAGAUCAAGUUAUCUCGAGAGGCUUGCUGUUUGGGUGGACCAUCAUGGGGAGGACUUGCUGGAUUGUGCCAUUGUAGUCACAGAAUUAUAAAACCCACAUAUUUCUUUAAUGAAACAGACAGUAACUCAGACAUCACAAAAAAAACUUUGGAAUGGGUGACAACAGAUGACGUGUCCUCAGGCAAUGAUUCAUUUGAGUAUGUGCUACCGGGGGGCUUUGCUGGAUUUUCAAUCAAGCUGAACAACUCAUUAGCAUACGUUGAUUCAGUUGCAGCUUUCGUCAGCAAUGCAAUCACGAUAUCAAUAAAUGUGAAGUUCUGUGGCCCUACUUGUGGAGGUGUCAUCUUCGCAUAUGCUGGAGCAUCCACCUUCCUCUUAUCUGUGGAGACCUUUGUGACCAUCCAUGUUGAUGACAUCCUGUACUCAACUGAUCUACAACCUGUCAUUGGGAACUGGACUCAAGUCAGUUUGCUAUAUGAUAGGUCAAACCUUGUUCUUCAAGUAUACCUCCAUGACUUCUCAGGCUAUGCAGCAUGGCGAAGCAUUCACCUUGAUACAGAUGUCUUUGAACCCCUUGGCAGUCUUGCUCUAGGAAACUGGUUUCCAGGAUCUUCAUACCGAAAUCUAGGCAUCUUUCAAGGAGAGAUUGAUGAGUUUACUGUCUGGGACAGGUUUUUAGAUGAAGCUGAACUACGAGCCCUUCUGAGAGCAAGUCCUCUGUCUUGCACCCCAGACUUGGUAGCUCAAUGGAGAUUCGAUUCUUUGAAUGGUGACAUGAUAUUGGACUCAGUGUCUGAUGUACCAAUGCACCUGUCAUCCCCUGGCUACCAAUCUCCUGAACUUGUGACCUCUGACCUGGAAUUGGAUGUCCCAGGAUCAGGCAUACCUCCAGGAGAAGAUUCUGCGUCAAACCUUCAAGGGACAGUAGUCACCGAUGGCAAUGGAUUUGAUGUCAUUGAUCCAUGUGGGCAGGAAACCUCUGUAGGAUCUUGGAUUGAGGUGUUCUGCUCUGAUAUCGUCUAUUCAGGACCUCUUGGACAGGAGUGCCAGCUUGGACAGUCUGCCUCAUUAGAUGUCUAUGCAGAAUGUAUGAAGGCUCUUGAGAAUACAAACAGCACUGAAGCAUCCCUACCAAUCAUCAUCAGAUAUGCAGACUUCUGUCAGGCUACACUGUUAUUAUCUUUCUGGCCAGCUCAGAAACUCUGCAACAGGUUUGGAGAUGCUCCGUUCCCAUUGUGGAUCGGGGAUGACUGCGACAUCCAGUGUGUCUAUGGUAGCAAGGAUCCCAAUGACCAUAACAUCUGCCUCUGUGAUGCGGGCCACUGGAAUGUCUCCUGUGAUGAGGUGUGUCCCGGUGGAUCCAUCAAUCCAUGCAAUGGUAUAGGUGUGUGCAACAGGCUGACAGGACGUUGUGACUGUCCAGUGAACUGGCAAGGGGCUCCAGAUUGUUCUGUCUGUACUCCAGGAUGGACUGGGCUUGGAUGUGCUCUGUCUAAGAUGCCCAUCGGUCAUGGAGAAAGGAUAUCAUCCAUUGGUCUUUCUUUCAUCACAACAUACAAUGGAUUUACCUUCCAGUUUACCCACAUCGGAGAGUAUCAGCUUUUGGUAAUAGGGCAUCAUCAAUUUGGUCUUCAAGCCAAAUUUGUUAAUUGCUUUACAAAAAAAUCGUGCAUGCAACACCUCGGCUUUUACUUUGGUGACAACGUCAAUGGUUAUGGUUCUGUAACAAUUAGUGCUGGGGAGCAUCCAAACAACUUCAUGUCUGUUAGAAUAAAUGGAAGAUCAUAUGAUAUGCAUACCGAUGUGACCUUUGGGACCGCUGGGUAUGUCUUUAGGAGACUAUCCUUGACUGAAAUCUUGUGCACCGGUCCAGAUGGUUUGAGGUUAACUGUGAGGUCAUCUGGUUUGUACAUCACUCUUCAAACAGUGCUUCCUGAAAUCCUGUGUGCGGUAUCACAGGGUCUUCUAGCAGGUGGUUGCUGUAACUCAAGCUCCAACUCCACAUCACCCUUUACCAUCCCUAUGCAUCCUCUGAAAUGUCCUGGCAUCAGUAGUUGGGAAAUAAACCCAGCACCUCUUGAUAAUUCUGACUAUACCUAUAUCACUGAUGAUUCCAUACCUGCAUGUCAAGAUGGACAGGGAACAAGGUCAUCCAAUGUCAAUGACCUCCUACAUGCCUGGUUAAUCAACAACUGUGAGUCUGUCAUCAGUUACAGUUCUUUGCUGAUACAGCAUCAACAGCAAAUCAAUUUCAAUCUUCAGCUCAACCCUUCUGUCCUCUUCGUCAAGGAACUUGUUUCCAUUGCCCCUGUCAAAUAUGAUGUCACUUUUGAGCUGUUUGUGAAACUUCUUGACCCUUAUGGUGUAAUCUUGUCAUUCUCACACUCCUCGACAUUUUCCUUGUAUGUCAAUGGCACUCUUCAUAUCAACCUUGGGGGUAUUGUUUACACAACUUCACUGAGGCUACAACUUCAAGCAUGGUAUAAGAUUGUGGUAGUGUUCACUGCUUCAAGCAACAACCAUAUCAACAUCUAUCUCGUGACUUCUACUCAAGAUGUUUUCAGAGAAACGAUUAAGCUUCUUCAUCACCCUGAUUUCUUCAAGCAGGCUGGAUACCUUGCACUUGGUUCUUGGCUUCCGAGCUCUAAUGAUGUAGGUGUUUCUUCUCUACCAGGUCUAAGGGGACAUAUUGAUGAUCUACGGAUAUGGAAUAGAGCUUUCACUCCUGGAGAUGUGGCUACACUUUGGACUACCAUAAUUCCAGAUGAUGCUGAGUUCCUGACAGCAUUCUGGCCUUUAGAUGAAGGACAGGGAGAUGUUGCUGUGGACAUUGUUCGAGGCAUUCGUCUGAAUAUGCCAGAUGAACCAUGGUCACCAUCUGUGUGGGUCACUUCGGAUAUCAUCAAUCCCAUCCAGUCUGUUCCAUUACCAGAUGGUCAUUUGAAUGUCAGUAUUAAUGUUUGCUCAAGACUUUUCUUAACUGAUCCCUUGCAUGGUGCAUGUCAGCCAUUCCUUGGCCCAACCACAGCCUCGUACCAUGAUCUCUGUCUUCAAGCCGCCGAUGAUGCUGGAGAAGAAGGAGCAUAUAAUGUUGCAUUUGCCUAUGCUGAUAUCUGCCAAACGAUUUUGAACCUGACCAGUUGGCCUGCCCAGCCACUCUGCAAAGAAGUUCCACACCUCAGAGCUGGUAGCCAAUGCAAGGGUGAUUGUGUUAAUGGAGUAGAAGUCUCAGAUGUUUGCUAUUGCCAUGAGGGUUUCUUUGGAAACCAUUGUGAAUUAGUUUGCCCCGGUGGCUUUGUAAAACCUUGUAGUAAUCAUGGAGUGUGUGAUCUUCAAGGACAGUGCAGAUGUGAACCAAACUGGCAAGGUUCUGUAGAUUGUAGUACGUGUUCCAGCAAUUGGGAAGGCAUAGAUUGUACACUAGUACAUUCAUCUGUCCUGGUUGCUGCACCAGGUGGUCAUCAAAUCAAUUACAAUGCUUUGAUAAGUGUCCAUACCCAAUAUAUAACAUUUGAUGGUCUGACUUUCUACUUUGGAGCAGUUGGAGAAUUCUACCUUGUAAGAACUCAGAGUUUCCAGCUGCAAAUACGCCAAGUCCCAUGCUUCACUGAAGGCACAUGUGUUGCAGCAUUCGCAGUCCUCUCCUAUAAAGACCAAAUUGUGUUCCAUGCUCCUUACAAUAUUGGAGACGUGCCAAUUCUCUGGCUCAACCAAAGAAUUAUUCACAUAAGCCAAAUUGAGACCGUGAUAACCCAGCACUGGUUGCUACAUAAGUUGCUACAAGGAAAAUACAAACUAACAUUCAUUGCAGAAGGCUACUCUGUUGAUAUUCAAGUCAUUAGAAGACAUCUCCAACUGAGUAUUUCAUUACCACAACAAACCUGUCAUGAUUCUGCAGGAUUACUUGGGAACUGUAACGGUGAUGUCAGUGAUGAUUUUCUUGGACCUUUGAAUACCACCACUCAACAGGACAUUAAUGAAGAGAUAGCCGACGUUUGGCGUGUACCAAUCAAUGAAAGCUACUUUGUACACUCUUAUGGCCCAUACAUUGAAAUGCCUAUACCAUCGGGAGCUAUCUACAGCCUUCGAGUUGAUGACACCGGUGCCGUUACAACUCCAACAAAUUUCACCAAUAGAAAUGCCACCUCGAUUGAAUCAGUAACAAUCAAUUUCAGGAUCAAGGUUCUCUCUGAUGAAGGAGUUAUAAUUUCAUUGAACUUUGGAAGAACAGUUACAAUGUACCUUGUGGGUUCACAUCUAAGAAUAUAUGACAGCUUGCUCCACUAUGAUACAGCUAUCGUACUUGCUGAGAAUUUAUGGAUCCAAAUCUAUUUUGUCAUCACAGCAAAUGGGACCCUUAGGUUAUAUGUCUUUACAGAUACAGGUAUCAGCAAUUCAUACACAACAAAUAUUGCAUCCUUCCCUUCAUUCAUGGAUGAUUUCUACAUAUCCAUUGGUCAGCACAUCAUACAGCCAACUGAGAAUAAUAUUCUGUUGCUUUCUUCAUUUGUGGGGGAUAUUGAUGACUUACGUUUGUGGUCCAGACCAUUUCACCCAGCUCUCAUUGACCAAGGAAGAACGGUGAACUUAUUUGCAAGUGUUGACCAAGAAUUCCUUAUUGGACUCUACCGAUUUGAUGACAGUUCUUCUAGUCACAUGGAUGAUGUUCAGAGAAUCAAUCUACUUAGUCCUCAUGAUCCCUGGCCAAGUCCUUGGACCAUACCUUCUGAUGCCAAUAUUGACAUCUCGAUAGCGGAUCCAUUCGCAAGGACAUUCAACGAUAAAAAUCUGGCCGCAGACGCAGUGGACAUAUGUUCUUUCCUUGACCCUAAUAGCAAUGUCAGUACAUGGGAUCUGUGUUUAAACUCGACAGAAGCCUUUCAAGGCUUUUUUUAUCUAUCAUGCCUAAGGACGGUCUCAACCUCCAGGUCUACAGAUGCUGCAUUUGCACUGAUGUCUUCUGUGUUAGAGUAUUGCGCAACUUUAAAUGGAGAAAAUGUCAGCUAUGAUGGAUUAUGUUUGAUGUUAAGAAACCAAACACUGCCCAACUGGUUGUUAGACCUUUGUGAUGCAUCAUGUAUAUACGGAACACCUGAUGCUGAUGGAAAGUGUUCUUGUCACCAUGGCUUUUGGGGAGUCAGCUGUUCCUUUGAUUGCCCAGGUGGUCACUCUCAUCCCUGCAAUGACAAUGGACAGUGUUUACGUGAAGGAAUGUGUGAGUGUUUACCCAAUUGGUCUGGUGAUGAAUGCAAUCAAUGCAACUAUGGAUGGUCUGGUGAGGAUUGCUCUCUAGGAAUCGCUCGUAUUGGAAAUAGUCUUGAAGUCAACACACAGAAUGCAUAUUUCAGCAUGCAUGGCAGGAUUGUAACCUUUGAUGGAGCUUCAAUCUUUCUUCGUAAAGGCUACACUUACGACAUCCUCUCUGGUAUCCAUUUGGAUCAUCAGUUCAAAUUGAAACUGAGGCUGUCAGAUUGUGUGAAUGCUCAUGGCUUCACAUUAUGCUAUGAUGCCAUUUCUGUCAGCUAUCACUUCCACACAAUUACUUUGAAUGUCAACACCAAUGUUCGUUUCGGAGUCAAUGUCUGGAUCAAUCAUCACCUGAUUGCAUUAGACCAUAUUACACAAAUCACUGAGAACUUCAUCAUCACAAGACUUAAUGUCAUUCAGUAUGAGAUCAGCCUAUCAUCAACAAUUCGCAUCAUUGUGACUGUUCAUGAGAAAGAGCUAGAGAUACAAGUCAUUGCACCAACAGAAUACUGCAUGAUAGAAGGAUUAUCGGGACUUCUUUCUUCCUGCAACACCCCUGGUGAACUUUCAGAUUCAUCAUGUACUCUUUCCAGGAAUGGCAGUACAUCAAGCAACCAAAGUAGUAGUAACUGCUCUUUUAAUGGCACACAGAGCAGCAUUGAUAACUAUACAUCUAGAUUCAUUGCACAAGAGAUAUACAAUUCCGAAUAUGAGUCUCACCUAAACCUGCUACCAACUCAGGGUGCUGGCUACUUUCUCUUCUUCAAGGACAGUAUUGUUGUUUCUGGAGAGAUGUGGAAUUUCCCAACAGAGCUUUUUACUCUUGAAAUGUAUGUUCUACCGCUUAGUGUUGAUGGGGUUCUGCUGUCAUAUGGGACCAAUCAAGGGAUAUUUGCUUUGCUUCUGUCCAACACCAGUCUCCAGGUAUCUUAUGGAACCACUUUGUAUGACCUUGACCUUUAUGUUGAGCUAGAUGUGUGGCAACAGAUCACUCUUGUAUGGCAUCAAAGUACCUUGAUCCUGGAAAUAUAUCUCUUUGAUCUGCAAGGUUCAAUUAGAGUUAAUGCUAUACAGUUCCAAUCAGCCAUUUUCCAUCUUGGAGGACAUCUUGCAUUAGGGCAAUGGUAUGCCCCUGUACCGUUGGAUGCUCCAGCUCUACAAGCAGUUCCAUUUGAAGGUGGCUUGGAUGAAAUCAGACUAUGGACAAGGAGGACCAAUCCAUCCGUGGUUAGAUCAAGUUGGAAGUUCAAUGGUGAUAUGAAUACACCAGACCUUACAAACCUGUGGAAGAUGAAUUCUGGAGUUGGGGAUACUAUUAUAGAUGUAAUUGGAGACUACAACCUCAAACCUGUGGACACUCAUCCUGCAUCGUGGCAGAUAUCAGGAGAUAUCUACACCAGUAGAAGUAUUUCACCCUUUACCUUCCCUGUCUUCCGCACAGCCAAUCUAUCAGACCUGGCUCAUAGGCUUUGUCAUCAAAUAUUUCUGCAAGGUCAGUUGUUUGAAACUUGUCAAGAACUUGAUGACAUUUUCUUCUCAAAAUAUCAUACACAAUGCUUAUAUGACAUUUCUUUCCAAUCUGAUGUCAAUGCCGCUAUCCAGGCCACAAUUUCCUUUGCAGAUAUAUGUUUCCAUGAACUGACUUUGACAAGUUGGCCAGCACAAUACCUUUGUAAUACCUUCCAAGAUAGAGAUUUCCCAUACUGGAUUGGAAGCGAGUGCGACAUCCCAUGCUUGUUUGGAAAACGGAAUGAUACAAACAGUGAAAUCUGCGAAUGUGAAGUUGGCUACUGGAAAGAAGACUGCAGUAGUCCCUGUCCUGGUGGAACCAUCAACCCGUGCUCUGGACAUGGAUUGUGUGAUAAACAAUCAGGUCAUUGCUCCUGUGAUAUUCACUGGUUGGGAAAAGUGAGUGACAUGGAAUAUUAUCCUUGCAAUGAAUGCUCUGAGGGAUGGAUUGGCACUGAUUGUUCUUCAACUACUAUUUACCACAACUUGACUGAUACCAGAAAUGAAGCAGUUGCCAUCUUUUCGAGUGGUGCACAUGUCACAAUGUUGGAUGGAGCAAGCUUACGGUUUGAUAUCCCUGGAUUAUUCAGUCUACUUUCUACAGCACGUUGCAGGAUCAGUAUAUUUGUGAAACCAUGUAAUGGUAGGACAGCCUGCCGUGAACUUGCAGAAGUAUACAUCUCCAGUGGGGAACAGCAGUUGUCUGUAAGAACUCAUGGCAGUUCACUCCUUGUAGCACUGUACUUUCAAGACGUCUGGACAGAAAUGAGUGUUGGAUCUCGGCAGACCAUGAGAUACGGGAUUGGAGUUGACUUCAAGGACAGUGGAUUCAUUUCUAUCACUGUGAUUGAUGGCCUCACCAUUGAUGUAACCCUAUAUGCAAAUAUGAUGUCAGUAGUGUUAUACGUUCCUGAGAACAUUGAGACAAGACCUGAUUCUCUUCUAGGAUCCUGGGAUUUUAACUGGCUCAAUGAUAUCAAUGUGGGCUAUCCCUCUGCCGGAAAUGAUCUUGAUUGGCUUCCUAUCAAUUCCACAUAUUUUCGGGAAUCAGUUUAUUCUCAGGAAUACAUUAACAGCUUCAUUGCCAAGUUCCACAGGAUCGCCGUUGAUGAGGUGAAUUUCCAGCAUCCCAUGGCAGAAGCAUUCAUGAGUAGCAGUUUCAUGCUACGCUUCCAAAAUGGAAUGUUAACCUUCAUCGAUCUUCCUUUGCUGGUUCUCAAUCAGUUCAGUCUUCAGUUCUGGAUCCGUGUUCAUGACACAACCAGAGCACAUCAAACGGUACUCACAUGGCACUCAAGGAGUCUGGUUGUUCAUCUUGAAGAAACAGACAUAGUUGUAACUAUUAACAAUCAUGUCAUCCGUACUACUCUAUCUCUUUCAAGUGAUGUAUGGUUCCACCUGGUAGUAACAUGGAGAAACUAUGAUGGAAGAUUGAUUUUGUAUUUGUACAACUCCAAUAUUGAUCUAACUUCUACUUUUCUUGUGUUUGGUGUCUCAACUGCACAACAUCUUGAACUGCCUCAAACUUUAUCAAUUGGGCAAUCCUCUAAUGACCAAGGCACUUCACUUGAUGGAGACAUUGAUCAAAUCAUCCUUCAAAACAAACAUAUCAGUAAUGCCAUUGCCAAGAAAAUGAGGGAUAUCUUCACAGAUGAGCUUUCAGAGGACAUAGUGUUGGCAAUUCCUCUUCAGGAAGGGAUCGGUAAUGAAACUAUAUCGAGAGGUCAGAAUGGUUCUCAAUUUGUUGGGCAUCUUGAAGGAUUCACUGUACCAGAAUGGAUGCCAUCAGAUGCACCCUUUUCUAUAUUACCCAACUAUGCACCAGACUUCAUACCUGAGGAAUUAGAAAAAGAGUCAUUCCAAAUCUGUGAGAUGAUGUUCUUUGAGGGUCCACUCUACAGCAAUUGCCGUGACCUUGAAAGCACCCAUCAUUUCUACUAUGAGUCCUGUCUCGAAGACAUUGCAGCAACGGGUAAUCUCGAAGCUGGCAACAUAUCAGCAAAUAUGUUUGCUGUUCUCUGCAAAGAAGCUUUGAACAUCCCAGAGGUUCAGCUGUGUGGGUUUUACAAUUACUGUCGUUACGAAUCCACAAGCCUUUCAUGGUGGUGGUGCAUGUUUCUGCUCAUCAUCUUAAUCCUCAUCGGUGUUUGUUUCUACUGGAAGUUUCGACCAAAUCAUCGUGGAGGUCGAUCAGAUGGUAGAGUGAUGAGCGUCAGAGAGACGGACACGGGUCAAGGCCCAUAUCAAGGUGCAUCCAGUUUAUCAGGUUUUGUGUUUGGUGAACAAGCCGAUGAUCCGAGAAACUUCAGGGACCUUCUAGUAAAAAAUACAGAAGCUGAGUAUGGUAUAGAGAUGAGUGCUAUUAAUACGGACGAAGACAGAGACCCUGAUCAAGGUAUAUCCGACUUAUCAGAUUUUGUCUUUGCUGGACCAUCUUAUGCUGAUAGUCAACACACUGAUGAACCUGAAGAUGCUUUCCUUCAUUAAAUGAAUGAUUUGUGUAAAUGACUUGUUUUGAAUUCAUAAACACCAUAUCCAUGUAUUCAUGUUAGCUACAUUAAUCAUGCAGUUUUUUCUCUCAUUCAUUUAUCCCCAGUUUUUCAUCAUGUCACUUGUAUGCAAUCAUAAAAUUAGUUUCAUAUUUGUUUGCAAUCUAUGAAAACCAUCUUUUGUAUAUUAAAAAUGAUACAAUCUAUUGUAUUAAUUUUCAUUUUUAUAAGAUACCUUUGUAUCUGUCCUUGAUUUUCUAACAUUGAAUGUGAAAUUUGUAUUCCUUGAUAUGUGUUUUGGUUUCCUAAUCCUUGAAAACUUAUAUGGUGGAGUUUUUUUCAGUUACAUAUAUAACCAGGUUUUGUCAUAUUUUACAAAUGUGUUUAUUUGAUUUUGUGGGGGUUUGGAGCUGUUUGUUUCUACAAUUGAACAUGUAUGAAUAACUAAGAUUGGUAUGAUUUCAAUUGUAUUUUGUUUUCAUUGUUCAUUAGAUACUUUUUAUAUAACAUACAAUUUGAAUAACUUUUCAGAAAGCUUGAGCAGAUUGGAUAUUUCUAUGUUAUUUUCUUGAAAUGUUCUUUUAGAAAUGAAAUUAGUGCAAAUCCACUUGACAUUUACAGAGGUGAGAUCUUACAUCCAGAUGCGGCGGAUUGUCAGGCUCAUACAUUGAAAGUGGAGAGGUACCUAUUGUUUGGCAGACAAAAGGUGCCCCUCCACUUUCUUUGUCCAAUCCUGACGUUCCGCUACAUUUACCUCUGUGUACGUAUGGUAGGAGAAUUAACAAAGAAAAAUAUUUUUAGAAUUGUGAAUCUAAACAAGACUUGAUUAGCUCUUAAGUAAUUUACAUUUAUUUUCAGAUGCCUUUAUCAAUUCAUUGGUAUGGAUUUAGUGUGAACAAACUUUUUUUUUGAAGUUUACAAUUCCUUCUUAAACUUUCCCUUAAUCAUUUUGAUGUAAAAUAAAAAGCCUCUUAUUUGGUGAUUUCUGAGUAUAACAAGUUGAGCGAUUCUCACUGAUCUGCAUUGUAUAGCUUCAGUGAUAUUCAGAAUCAUUGAACAAAAUCAUAGCAGUCAUGGUAUAUCACUUUUUUAACAAAUUGAUGUGAAUACAUCUGUGACAACACACUUAUAUUAUUUCGUUAGCUGUUUGGGAGUUUUAAAGUGUGAUAUUUGUAAUAUUUUACAUGCAUGGGUUAAUUAAUGGCAUGCCCUUUGGUAGCAUGCUCGUUACUAAAAAUGUGAUCACCACGUGCUCAUGAAAAGACUACGCUUGAAAGCAUAAGGUGUUUGCCCACAAUGUGGAACACAACUGUUAUUAAAUAGGAACAUUUUACAAAUGUGAAUCACGUUUCAACAUAGUCCACAGUAUGAAGUUAUGUUCACACUGUAAAAUAUCAGCACUCUAACAGUGAAUCAUUUUCUCAUAUUCCACACUGUGAACAUGCUUUGUGACCCUGUUCUUUUUAGCAGGAAUAUCACACCACACAGACAUCACCUAGCUGGAGUGAACUUAUGGCUGUUGUAUACGUCAACAGCUAUUGGGCCUGUUUCACAAAGAGUUGCAAUCAAGCACAACUGUAAAUAUCAAACGCAGCAUGAUUCUUCAACCAAUGAAACAUGUGUAGUAGGGACUUGCGCUUGAUUUCUUGAUUUGCUUUCAAAGGCAAGCCUUUCUGAAACAGGCACCUGGAGGCCCAAGGUCUUGAGGCAUUCAGGAUAUAGAACACUGGUAUGGUAUCCCAGUAUGGGGCAUUAUGUCAUUAUGUACUGGUCAGUACCAUGUGAUGGCUUGACCGUCUUGUAUGUGCAAUGUCUAAGGAUUGAGAUGAAGAUAUGCUACUGGCCCAUAUACUGAAGUCCAGUCUAACUUAGGCCAUGGUCUAACUCUUUGUAAAAUUAUUGGAAGCCAAAAAUAUCAAAAAUUAUGUCUACAUCCUAUAUUUUGUAUGCUUACUGUGCUUUUUCUCCAUGCUUUAGUUGUGAAUAAGUUGCGUUAACUAUUUUUUAAAGACAAUUAUGAGAAAAAUGAGUUGGUAAAUUCAAUGUGUAUUGUGAAAGAUUUCUGUCACAUUUAGCUAUCCAUAGCCAGAACUUUAGAACAGAGUUUAACAUAACCCAGAGUUCAGAAUACUGGCCAUAGAUCCCCUUUUUAGAAACCAGUGGCCUGUUUCAUAAAAGUUUCAUGAUUCCAGCUUGAGGCCAUUUCUAUGGAAAGCCAAGCUUGACAAAACACAUAUUGGACAAAAUGCAGUGCAUUCAAUUUGCAUGUAAAAGGCAUGUUCACAGCAAUUAUUGUCCAACUUGGCUUUCCAUAGAGAUGGUUUUGAGCUUGAGUUCUGACGUUUUCAUGAGACAGGCCCCAGUCAUCAAAAUUAAUCCUCUAUCCCAGGCCUAAGUUUAAAAAAAAAAGGUAUGAACUUCAUUGACUUAAAAUAUAUCCACAUCAGCAGUAGAUAUUCAUCAGUCAAAUUCUGGAUUUAGUCUAGAUGAAAAUCCUAAAGAUUCCUUUUUAAAUCUUGUACUAUUUGGAUUCAUGUCAUAGAUUUUCAUUCAAAUCCAGAUUUCCAUCUAGUCAUUAUUCGCAGCAGAGAUCUGGAUAUAUUUUCAACCCUUCAAGUGAAGAUUCAUGAAUUCCUGUGUUGCCUACAUUAAACUUAUUCAUGAACCUAUCAAUCACAUUAAACGGAAUUGCAAGCAAACCAGCAUCUCCUGUAUGAGAAUACCUAGAAAAGAAACUCUUUUGGUUUUGAUAGACUUCCAGAUUUUGUAUAACUACUUGAAAUUAUUAGAUAACAAUAUCACUUACAUUUUGCUGCAUUUAUUUUAUUUGGAUGUGCCUAGCUGUAAUCACAGACGAAUAAUCUGUCAUGUAAUUUUGUGACGAUUUUUUACAUUUUGUGUGUGUGUGUGUUUGUUGAGUGGAUGUAUUACUCAGAGUCAUAUAUACAUAGUCCAUAGCGUUCCUUUAAAGUUAGAAGUUGAAAAAAAUGAGGUGUAAAACUCUCGUGUAAUUUGCACCUCUCAAUAUGUAUUACUUUUCAUGUUCAUGGUUUUCAUUUAUUUUGUAUGUUUGAGUCAUCUUUUCACGGAUUGAUUGCCAUGUGCCAGUUGGGUUAGAAGCAAUCUCAAUGAAUAUAAGGUAUAGUCAACUCUUCAGCCGAUACCUAAGGCCUAUAAUAUGAUUUAAAACAAAAAAAAAGAACUCGGCUCGGUGUUCGGGCUCGGUUCAGCAGCCUUUUCAUGCUCUCAACACCAACACUGAACACUGUAAUUGAAAUCACCCUUUAGAAAAUAUAUAUAUAUACAAUGCGUUUCAGGAAAAAAAAGUUAAUCCAAAUCUAGAGGGUGGAUCUUAUUUAAUAUUUUUUAUUAAUAUUCUGCAUGGAUAUAAAUGGGAAACUCAUCAGCUUUCCAUCGAUACCAUAUUUGUGCCAUCAAUGACGGAAUUAAUUGAUGUUGAAGACAAGUGCAGAUACCACUUUUUCCAAGUUUUGGUAAAGUGGGUAUAAUGUUCACCUGACAGAAUACUGUAAUAUGUUUUCCAAAGUAAUUUUUGGAAUGAAGUGUUACUUCAGGCAUUUCACUGAAAUGAUUAGUGAAAGGUUAAUGUCAUAUCAUGGGCCUAGUCAUAUUCAGGCCACACCUUCAACAUGUCUUCCUCUCCUUUGAAAACAAAGCCGGAAGCGUGGAAGGAUAUCUUGGACAUCUCGUCUCGCCAUGGCAUUGCUGGGUCGGUGCGCAAAGCAUCCACCUCAUGUCGAAUUCGGCCCUGCAAUUCAUGAAGAUCUUGGGGAGGAGUUGGAGAAAGCUUUUUGUAAGUGUCCCCAAAGGAAAUAAUCACAAGGUGUGCGGUUAGGCGAUCUUAGUGGCCGUUCAAUGCCAUGGUUGAGGGCAACAACUCAAUGUCCAAAGCGUUCUCUGAAUCUAUCACGAAUGAUAUUGGAACGAUGGGCAGGAACGCCAUCCUGAAUCCACCAAAGAUGCCUGCACACUCCUCACAAGUGUCUCUCAAAAGGUUGGUCCAACUGUGGGACGAUCGCCUCGUUUAUGAUGUGCAAGUACAUUUACCUAUUUACAAU